GCGCGCCCGCCCGCCUGGCUUCUUCCUGCAGGAGGAGGAGGCGCAGGAGGCGGCUGCUGCUGCUGCUGGCGCUGCUGCUGCUGCUGCCCCCGCCGCCGCCGCCGCCGCGCUGAGCCCCGGAGCCCGGCGGCCGAGGGAGCCCGGCGCCGGCGGGGUGGUCGCGGCGCGCGGCGCCCGCUCAGGAUGUCGCGCAAGGUGCCCCGCGCGGAGGUGUGCGCCGACUGCAGCGCCCCAGGUGAGCCCGGCGGCGCCGGGAAGGCGGGCGGGGAAGGCAGGCGGGGAAGGCGGGGCCGGGCCUGCAGCACCAGCUCCGGCGCCCGAUCCGACGCCACCGGCCGCCAGGUAGGGCCAGCGCCGCGGCCGGGCCUGCUGCUCCCGCUGCGGCUGCGGGGAGACCAGCGCGGAGCCUCGCCGCGGAGAGAAAGGCGAGCCCUCGGGCUGCCUGCCUGGCGUCGCCCCCACCGCGGGGACCCAGGCGCCCCAUCGGCCCCCCAGGCGUCCUGGCGCACCGCACCCCACCCCUACAAACGCUAGGAAUAGGACCCAGGCGCCCUGGUUCCCGCACCCCAGUGGAAACACCUGGAGCCAGGUGUCCUGGUGACCCCCUCCCCCCGUAAACACUAGGAAGAGGACCCAGGCGUCCUAGUGCCCCCACCCCAAUUGAGGCACGGGGAAUAUGAACCGGCCAUGGAAAUAUCAGGAAUAGGACCCACCUCCCCAUCAUAGGGAGACUAGGAAUAUAAGGCCCUGGUGCACACCCUCCUUCCCAUAGAGGCACCAGGAAUAGGACCCAGGCGUCCUGGUCUUCCCCCUCCCCCCUUAUCAUUCACAGACAGGGAUAUUUGCAUUCUGAUUCUGCUCAUGCUGCUUCUCGGAGCCAUUUAUAUAGCCAUGGCUGGGGGGCGGGGGCAGGAAGGACACCUGUUCCACAUGCAGAAGGCACCAAGUUCACUUCCUGGUGGCAUCUCUACCCUGCCUCUCUGGUGCCCUGGAGAACUGCUGCCAGUCCGUGUGGACAGUACAGGGAUCAAUGAGCCAAUGGUCUGACUGCCUAGGAGCCUCCUGCCCCACCCAGCCCCCCUUUCUUUCCCCUCUUCUCCCAGGCAUCAUUUAGGGCCCCUCCCAACCAGCGCUGGGGAGGGAGCCCCCCCAGUGCUUAGGCCUUCACACACCCCUUACUUAUCACACUCCUAGUGACCUGGAACAGAGCCCAGCAGGGCUCCCAUCCUGCAAGCAGAACCCAGGUGUCCGGGUGCUCUCCCCCCCUGCUGACACCCCCCCUUACCCUUGGAGAGACAUGUGUACACACGUGACCCCUAUCUUUCAGCUGCCCAACCAAGGCCUACCUAAAGCGGCCUGGCAUUCCUUGGGGUCUCUCUCUCUCUCUGUGUGUAGGAGAUUGUAAGAUCAUUGGGGCAGAGUUCUCCCUCUUCCCACCCAUUCCAAAAAUAAACACCACUUCCCUGUGGAUCUGAAAUGGGGCGUUUGCUCGUUAUAUAAAAUCCAGAGGCCUGAAUUGCAGAACCUUCUUCUCCAGCAGGAAAUCUCAGCUCUUUCUCUCCUGCCCCGCUUUGGCUAAUUAAUAGGAGAUCCAGGCCAAUUGGUUGCUAUUUGUAGUUUCUCAGGAGUUAAAAGUUUCAUGCAGGGGUGGAGGAGGGAUCCCUUGCCAGGUGUGUGUCUGCGUGUGUUGAGAUGCAUCUUCACCUGGGCACAGGUGCAAGCUUCUCUUACUUGUGGUUGGGGGUUCCAGGGUUGGCCGGUUGCUUUACGGAGCAAAACUAGGCCCCUAUAAUUUAGGAACAGAGGCACUUAUAUUGGGUCAGAAUGUGACUCCGUGUAGCUCCAUUGUGUCUGCACUGGUUGGCAGCAGCUCUCCAGGGUUUCAGGCAAGGUUCUCUCCCAACCCCACCUGAAGAUGCUGCUGAGUGGUGGUACGGCUAAUAUUUAGAUUUGAUAACACAACUUUUCUGUAUAAGUCUACUGAAAGCAGCAGCUUGCCACUGAAAGAAAAUAAAUGCAGAUCGUUGCAUCAUUAAUGCGACAAUCAAAUGUGGCUAAAUUGUUUCAGAAUGUAACAAUCCGCCAAAUAACAUUGUUUGAUUAUGUGCUUGAACCAGGGACACCCUGUCCCACUAGGCUACUUCCCCCUAGAUUGCAAGCUGAAUCAAGCCAUUGGGCCACCUAGUGCAUUACUGACUGGCAGCAGCAGGGGGAGGGUCUUUGCCGGGGCUACCUGGGAAAUGAACUCGGGACCUUCUGGAUGCAAGGCAGGUGCUGUACCAGGAAGCUACAGCUCUUCCUUUAAAACUGAAACCAAGAUUCCGGUCCUCAUGGUUCUGAAUUAAAGGGUGCUUUAAACUAGAAUCCAUCUGCAGAGUCAGUCUGUUGGCCACCUGGCUCAGGACUGUUUACUCUGACUGGCAGCUGCUCUCCCGAGUUUGAGGUGGAAGAUAUUCCCAGCCACACCUGGAAAAGGGGAAGAUGAAACCUGGGGUGUUCUGUAUUCAGGACGGAUGCUGUACCAUGGAGCUAUAGCUUUUGGCCCCAGCUGGUUAAUGACUCUGAUCUACUGAUCCACUGGGAGAUCGGGAUCUACUGGGAGACCACUGGGUGGUUUGCAACAGAUCUGCAAGGAUUUCUUACUCUCGCUACGUUAAAUGACUUUUCUUCCCAUCCCCAUUAGGCUUCUGAAAUGAAGAAAGCUUGAUGUAACUAGGAACAGAUUUUGGGGGAGAUAUGGAAGGGCCCUCAGCUCAGUCCUAGUACAGGUGUACCUUGGAAGUCGAAUGGAAUCUGUUCCGGAGGUCCGUCCGACUUCCAAAACAUUUGGAAACCAAAGCGCGGAUUCUGAUUGGCUGCAGGAAGCUCAUGCAGCCAAUCAGAAGCUCCGUUCGGCUUCCAAAAAUCGUUCGAAAACUGGAACACUCACUUCCAGGUUUGCGGCGUUCAGGAGCCAAAACGUUCAAGAACUAAGGCUGUUCGAAAACCAAGGUAUGACUGUACUUGAAACAAAUCUCUGUGCCCCAUUGUGCCACUUCAUUCUAACUUGGCUCACUCUCUUGAGCUGUCCAUGGACUAUAGCCCAGUGGUAGGGCAUCUGAAGUUCUCGGCUUCAACCCCUGGUAUCUCCAGGUAAGGCUGGGGAGGGGGUGUCCCUUGCCUAAUAUCCUGGAAUAUCUGCUGCCAGUCAGUGUGGACAAUACUGAGCUAGAUACACCAGUGAUCUGGCUCUGUAGGGGAUUAGAAUGAGGAAGGGGAGAACUGUCACCUUGAGCUGCUUGGAGGGAAAUGUGGGAUAAAAAAGAGAUAAAUAAACAUUUAAGGCAGCCCUUUAUUCAAGAUCAUGAGGACUGGUAUCUUAGGGGUUGUUUGAAAGCGAAGAAUCACAGCUCAGAGGUAGAGCACCUGCUUGGCAUGCAGAAUGUCCCAGGUUCAACCCCUGGCAUCUUCUGGUAGGGCCUGAAACCCUGGAAAGCUGCUGUUGCCAGCCAGUGUAGGCAGUACUGAGUUAGAUACACCAAUGGUUUGACUCUGUCUGUAUAAGGCAGUCUCCUGCGAUUACUGACAGUUGAAUGCGAGAGCUCAGAUCUUUCUUUCCUUUUUUAACAACCCCAUUGCACUUGCAAUGUGAUAGGAAAUGUUCUGUAUUUACAGCAUUUUGGCACAAAUACUGAUUCUGGGUCAAGGGAUGACUGUGUGAAUCGUUCCUUAAAAUGGGAAGGGGGAGGAAGGUCCUCAGCUGCUUAUGAGUCCUUCGGUUGUGGGAUCUAUCCUGACUCCGGGAAGAAUGGGCUAGAUCGGAGCAGGAGCCAAAUCUGAGCCUCCCUAUACAGGAGCAGUCUACCUUGGAGGCCCUGCUUGUGAUCUUCCUCCCACUUGCUUUGUGGGGAAAAGACUGUGACUCUAGUCCUUUGUGGCACCUACCAGAUUGGACUGGGUAUGUCCGUCCCCCCCGCCUGAAAACCCUGGAGAGAGCUAUUGCUGCCAGUCAGUGCAAACAAUACUAAGCUAGGCAGGGCAAUCAUGCUAGUGCAGGGAGGUUUCUGUGUCGGCCUGGAGGAUUCCCUGGCUUGGGUCAGAAGUCCUUAUCUUGCAGAAUGGCCUGUUGAGGAAGUGAACAAUAGAGAAAAACAUUAGAGGGGGGUCUGUUUCCUGCAGAUGGUAAAAGCAGGAUUUUUCUCCUUGCUCUCCCCUGCUAUCAUCCUUAUGUAUGGGCAAGACACACCCUCCAUCCACAUCUACCCGCUCUGCAAAGAAUAAUCUAAAUAGGUUGCUUUUAAUAUUGCGUUUUAUUUUAUUUAUUCCGUACAAUAUGUGCACUGUUUGAUUGUAACAACAACAACCUCAAAGCAGUUCAUAAUUAAGAUGACACAGUAAAACGAUCAAGGGAGUGAAUUAACCACAAUCAUUUUAGACUUUGGAAAAGUUAAAAGAACGACAGAUCAUAACUCGUAUCAGCUUUCAAAGUAUCUGGCUAGGCUUGCCAAACAAAAAUGUUUUUAGCAGGAGCUGAAAAGGGUUUAUAGCUACAGAGGUAGUCAAUAGGCAGGGAGUUCCGAAGUCCAUAGCUGCCACCCUAAAAUACUGAGCUCUUGCAAACGUUGCAGCAUGCCUUGCGACUUUGCAUACAUGUUUAAUUUUAUUUGUGUCACACCUUUCCACAUUUCAAGCCAUGCUCAAGACAGCUUGCAACGCGAAAAAUAUACAUAACUAUAACAUAGCAAGUGUAGUCAUAAACAAUAAACAAAACAUCGAAAAAUACUCAACCAAACGGAACGGUUUCCACAUAAAUCACAAGAUCUGAAAUAUAGAUACACAAAAGCCAACAGCAAAAACACCCCACCCAUUAAAACUCUCCCCCGAACAACACCCCAGCCAAAAUGUCUGUUCAGCAGCCUCCGCUUUUGUAGCUGGAGUCAGUCCAAGCUCCGCCCUCCCAGGCCAGGUGGGGAAAGGUGUGCGAGGCAGGGAGCAGGUCUCCCAGGACCCACAGCUAAGAUGGUCCUUAGGGUGGAGGGUGGGCCGUGAAUAAAGAAAGAAUGAAGUAUCAGCUUCUAUUUUUUUUGGGGGGGGGGAGGAAAUAAGAAAUUAAACCAGGGGUCAGCAAACUUUUCCAGCAAGGGGCCAGUCCACUGUCCCUCAGACCUUGUGGGGGGCCGGACUAUAUUUUGGAAAAACAAUAAUGAAUGAAUUCCUAUGCCCCACAAAUAACCCAGAGAUGCAUUUUAAAUAAAAGCACACAUUCUACUCAUGUAAGAACACGCUGAUUCCCGGACCAUCCGUGGGCUGGAUCCGGCCCCCGGGCUUUGGUUUGCCUACCCAUGAAUUAAACUUAAGGUUGCAAAUGCUGGGAUGGCCCUAGUGUCCGGAAAGCUUCAAAUUUAUUUAUUAUUUCUCAAAAUCUAUAUACCACUUGGUUGUUAAAAAAACCCAAAACCUCAGUGUGGUCUAUGAAAAAUAUAAAGCAAAAGAUAAUUAUGAGUAAGAACCAUUAAAAAAAUAAAUAAACCAGCAAUGAACAAAAAAACAUACCAGUGUUCUAGAUAUCUGGACUGGCUUGUCAAAACAAAAAUGUCUUUAGCAGGCACUGAAAAAAGUACUGUGAAGGAGCCCGUCUGAUAUCAAGAGGCAGGGAGUUCCAAAGGGCAGGUGUGGCCUCUGAUUGCUGGGCAUGACUCUGCUGGAGAUUCCUGACACAGAUAGGCUAGACCUGAUCCUGGGCCUUCCGCUGUUCAUUCCUUCCUAUUUCUCCCAUUUGUCCUUUCCUUUUGCUUAGAACAAUCGCCAACUCUUUGGGGACGCUUUGAAUAUAUAUUCUUCCGUGGUUUUGCAAGUCCUGUCCCAAGGAUGGGUAAAACCUGAGACCCUCCCGGUAUUGUGGGACUCCAAAUCCCAUCAGCCCUAGGAGCUGGCAGUCAGGGAUGAUGGGAGUUGUAUUCCAGCAAUAUCCAGGGAGCCUCAUCUUCCCUGCCCCGGUUUAUGGGGUGUUUCUCUCUCUUGUUCCCAUGUGGCUGAGAGUCAGCGAUUCCUACUGGUCACUGGAGAACCCCAGUUUCUUGUCUUGGAUUUUGUGGGGUGAUAUCUCUCUGAACCCAGGAAGGGAGACUCCUUUCUGAUACAGGAGUGGAGAUCUAGCUCCCCUUCCCACUGCCAGCCCCAGUUUCCUUGGCGGCAGGCGGAAGAGGGAUGCCGCUGGCAGAGAAGUCUCUCCUGACGCAUGACAAGCCGUUCCUCAGUGCCAGAGGCUCCCGGGGGCACAGAAUGCAGACAUCUGCCAAGUCAACUCUCUCUUCACUGCCAUCUGUGCAGGAUGAGCCCACGCACAUCCUUCAAGUCUUGGGAAUGGGAGGCUGGGAGGAACGGCUGGAGAGGUCCUUGCCGGUGCUGCCGGUUGGUGCUGGGGACCCCGAAUUGAGAAGGAGGGGCAUGGAAAUCCUGGCUGCUGCCAGUCAGUGUAAACAGUACCGACCUAGAAGGACAACCAUUGGUCCAAAACCUACUGAAGCAGUGUGUGAUAAAAUAACGUGCAAAUGAUUACAAACUUGGGUCAACAAAAAGUGAUAAAGCAAUUACUAUGCAGCUGAAUAAAAGCAUCCCAGUGUGUUGGCAGUGGAUGCCAUGGAGCAGUGAGUUUGCCUAUGGAACUCGCUGCCACAAGGUAGAUGGUGAGGAGUCGCUAGGUUAGAUGACUUUGAAGAAGAUUGGACCCAUUACCUACUAAGGCCUGUUAGUCUCUAUGGCCAUAUAGAGUCUAUUGCCUGAUAUACUUGGUCAUCUGAUUUAGCAUGGCAUUUUUCGGUAUCCUAUGAGGCUGAGACUGGCUGGCAGACAGCAAAGUUGAUAGGUGAAUUGGAUGCUGCCCUGGGCUCCUUUGGAAGGAAAGGGUGUAAAUUAAAUUCAUAAAUAAUAAUAAUUAUUAAGAAUGAUGCUUCUCCUUACACGGGAACUCACCCAUGCCCUAUGUGCUGCAGACUCCAGAUUCCCAGAGGGGAUGGUACCACUAUUUGGGGGGGUGAUGGGAUUCCCUAGGGGGGUGCUGAGAGGCAGCAGGGCACUGGUACCAAUGCCAACCAGACUUUCAAAAGUUGGUUUCCCUGCCUCAAGCUCACCAGUUUUGUUGAAUUAAUCAACCACAAAGUUUUAACUUUGAACAAACGUGUGAUUAAUUGUUUCAUUGUGUUACGAUCUUCCUUCGUGGGCCAUGCAAACCGCUGUUCCAAAUAAUGCUUUCUCGUGGAGGUAGGGGGGCACUGCGGAUGUGUUUAUGGAACUGGGGGGGGGGGAUGACAGUCCCCUCAAAUAAAUUGGGAACCAAUGAAGCAGAGCCUGCCUUGUUUUGUUAGCCUGGGCUGGAGAUUGCUGUCCGUUCUUUCCAUUCUCCGCAAUCCAAACUUCGCAGGUCAGCCAUAAACUUCCCCCCAGGCCAGGAUAGGAAGGAAGUGCCGGGAGGGGCUCUCAAUCUGCAAGCCCUGGGCAUAUCCUGCCUUGAGUAGGGCUGUGGUGUCAGGCUUGUUUUCAAGUUAGGGGCUGGGACUGCCUCCCCCCAAGUCUGUUGACACCUAUCUUGCCUUCUCUUCUACACAACCCCUCCCCAUGAAAUCACGGUUUGGUGGUGGGGAAAGGGACCCAGGAGUCCUGCGGCUCACCCCCUUCCCCAGGCCUCAUUUCCUAGCUGGCUUUGGUGGCGGGCGGGGGUUGGCUCUGUUUUAAGUUCCUCCCCUUUGUGGGUCUUAGGAACUCCUUAGCACUUGCCCGUCUAUGUACCUCAGUAUUGUCCACACUGGCUGGCAGCAGCUCUCCAGCAUUUCAGGCAGCCCUGUCUGGGGAUGGCAGGGGUUGAAGUCCGAAACUUCUACUUGCCAUGCUACAGCUUAAUCUAAAAAUAAAACCAGGUUCUAGUCUUCAUGGUUCUGACUGAAGGGUUGGUAUAAACAGGGACAUGUGCAGACCAUUGGGCUAUCUUGCUGGCUGCUGCCUGCACUGACUGGCAGCAGUGGCUUCCAGGUUUGAGACAAGGGGUCUUUCCCGGUGUCGGGAAAGGGCAUUGCAGAGUUGGAAAAGGUGCAGGAAAGGGCAACCCAAAUGAACUAGGGCGUGGACUGACUCCCCAGGGAGGAGAGUUGGGUCUUUUUCAUUUACAGGAAAACUAAGAAGUGGGAAGAGAGGAGUUAAUAAAAUUAUGAAAGGCAAGGAGAGAGGCGGGAGGGAAAAGCUUUUCAUUCCCACUCCUAAUGCUGGAACUGGUGGACACCCAGGGAGGCUGAAGGCUGGAAGAUUCAGGGCAGACCAAAGAAAGAGUUGGACUAUGGAACUCCCUGCCACAGGAAGCAAUGAUGGUCCCAACCUGGAUGGCUUUAAAAGAGGACUGGGCAAAUUCUUGCAGGAAGAGGAGGAGGAGGAGGAGGAGAGGGCUAUCGAUGGCUGCUAGCCAGGAGGGCUGUUGCCCUGCCUCCAUAGUUGGAGACAGCCUUUCUGGAAAGCUCAGGAGGGGAGAGUUGCUCUCGUGCUUGAAUCCUACUUGCUGGUUUGCCAUUGUGGCAUCUGGUUGGCCCCUGUGAGAACAGGAAGCUGGGCUAGAUGGGCCCUCUUUGGCCUGAUCCUGUGGGUUCUUCUUCUAAAGUCAGAGCAGGUGCUCUCCCACUGAACUGCAGCCUGCUUGCCCAAGUCAUUCAUCACCACCGCCUGAGAAACAGUUUUUAUCCAAAUGCGAUUUUGGGUUUAAACACAGUGUAAAGUAGUCUCUGUAGGAGUAUAUUGUAUUUAAUUAUGGGGUAUUUUUAGGGGGUUAACCAGGCUGGGAGGGACGCGGGUGGCGCUGUGGGUUAAACCACAGAGCCUAGGGCUUGCCGAUCAGAAGGUUGGCAGUUCGAAUCCCCGCAACGGGGUGAGCUCCCGUUGCUCAGUCCCAGCUCCUGCCAACCUAGCAGUUCGAAAGCACGUCAAAGUGCAAGUAGAUAAAUAGGUACCACUCUGGCGGGAAGGUAAACGGUGUUUCCGUGUGCUGCUCUGGUUUGCCAGAAGUGGCUUCGUCAUGCUGGCCACAUGACCCGGAAGCUGUAUGCCGGCUCCCUCGGCCAAUAAAGCGAGAUGAGCGCCGCAACCCCAGAGUCGGCCACGACUGGACCUAAUGGUCAGGGGUCCCUUUACUUCUAACCAGGCUGGGAUAGCAGGCUUGUUGGUUUUUGAAUGUCUGAUGUAGAUUUUUUCAAUUUUGUUGUUCUGUAUGGGACCAUGACAACAAAGAUUAUCAUACCGUACCAGCAACUCAUCCUAGCAAACGAAACCCCGCGCAUUUCAGGGGGUUGGGCAAGAUGACCACUUGGGUCCCUCUCAACCUGACAGUUCUUUGGGAGUCAAAUCCAGGUGUGGCAGGAGCAGGCAGCAGGCUGGUUACGGUUGAUUCGGGGUUUUUUGGGACGGGCCUCUGGGCUCCCAGCUGUCUCCCACGCCCUGUUUCUGGCGGAGCUUUGCAUCCCACAGGCCUCUCCAAGACAUGAUUGAACAAGGCCAGGCGGAAGCUGCGGCCUGCGAGCGAUUUGGGAGCCGCCGCUUGGCUCUGAAGCCACCAUACCCACACGAAACAUGCCCCCCCCGUUCGCCCAAAGAAGGAACAGUUGCUGCCAGCUGUGGCCGCCCAUCCAAGGGAGCUGGGGAGCUCUGAGGCAAAGGCUGGGUGUUUGUUGUGAACAAUGGAAGUGACGCAUCCCAGAGUUGGGUGAGGAACAGGAGGCGGGCAUGGAUCAGUGGCAGAGCAGCCGCUUGGCAGGCCGAAGGUCCCCGGGUAGGGCGGGGAAGGGCUCCCUGCCCAAAACUCCGGAGCACUGCCAGUCGGUGUAGACAGUAUUGAGCUGGAUGGACCCAGAGUCUGACUUGGUAGAAGGCAGCUUCCUGCGUUCCUGUUUCAAAACCUUGAGAACUAGCAUCUUAGCGGUCAGGCUUUUGGGAACCGCCUGGUUUUAAAGAAAGGGCUCCUAAUAGCUCUGUGCUGUUUUUACUCUCCGGAUUUUAAUAGGCUUGCUUUUUUUAUUGUUUUGGUUUUGUUUAUUAAAUUUGUAUGCCUCCUUAAACCUCCAGGUCUCAGGGGAGAUACAGCAUAAAAUCACAGAAUAUACAAAAUGAAAACAAUCCUAUAACUCCCCCCAACACGUUUUAAAAGGGCAUUGCAUGUCAAUCAGCCCAAGGCCUGGUUGAAGAGGAACAUUUUUGCCUAGCGCCUAAAGAUAUAUAAAAUGAUUUUUUAUCGUUUUGAUUGUAUCAGAGUUGAAUUACCUUCCAACGAUUAGCUUUUUAGCUGUUUUGUGUUUUCUCUGAGUUGCUUUAAUUUGUUCCAAGCAGCCUUAAGCCCUGGUCUGGGGAAAAGGUCGGAUAUAAAUAUAUUCAAUGCUUUAUUCCUUUCAAAAUAAUAAUGUUUAGGGGUACUCUCAUUUUCCUACUCAUAUUGAAAUUCUGCCGCUCAGUGAGGCCAAACUUAGAUUCACCAAAUGUUUAGGGAUAUGCGUCCCCACCCCACCCCCAGAAAAAAGCACUGAAUACAGUGGUACCUCAGGGUACAUACGCUUCAGGUUACAGACUCUGCUAACCCAGAAAUAGUGCUUCAGGUUAAGAACUUUGCUUCAGGAUGAGAACAGAAAUCGUGCUUCGGCGGCGCGGCGGCAGCAGGAGGCCCCAUUUGCUAAAGUGGUGCUUCAGGUUGAGAACAGUUUCAGGUUAAGUACGGACCUCCGGAACGAAUUAAGUACUUAACCUGAGGUACCACUGUAUAUUUAUAAUGCUAAUAAUUAACAAUUAUAAUCAAAUAAAUAAAUAAAGCAAAUGCAAUCCCAGGGGCUCGACGCCCCCCUCCCGCAAAGGGGGCUUGUUGGAACCAUUACGGGAGGCUGUGGUUCUUUUAGGGGAUUUGGAGCGUGGCCUGUUGGCCACGGCAGGGUCAAAGCUGGGUGAGGGAGCCGGCGGGGUUGUGGGCGGUGGGACUGUCUCUCCCUGUAUGCCUCCUUCCCUCGUUGACCUUUCCAUCCUGCUUGCUUCUCUGUUCUGGAAAAGGGAAUGGAGAAGAAAAGGCCCUCUUGUCAGGGCGACACAGCUCCCCCCUCCCUUGCAGACCCACAGCGGGGAGGUGGCGGUCAAGGAAAGAACCAAUUUUUCAGCUGUGUGAAGUACAGGAGAGCACAGGUUUGAUCCUGGCACGUCCUGGCUGAAAGGGCCUCCGUUCAUGGGUUACAAAAGAAUCAAGGGUCUGAGAAAUUGCAGAAAUUCCAACCCCUUCAAUGCUGGAAUAUGCAAAUGUCCCAUACGGGGAUUGAACCGUCAAUGUUGCUGUUAUCAGCACCACACUCUAACCAGCUGAGCUAUCCAGGGAGUGUAUUGUAGCAUUGGAGGGGACCCUGAGGGUCAUCUUGACCAACCCCCUGGUGAAUAGACAUUCCUCUGUGGCAACCGUUAACCCAGAUUUAAGCUGCCAUUUGGUACUUAGCUUAUAUAUCUGAGUUUCUAACACGCUGCUGACUGUCAGAAGUGAGGUUACAGGGAACCAGGCAGAAGGCCUUCUUGGUAGUGGCUCCCGCCCUGUGGAACACCCUCCCUUCAGAUGUCAAGGAGAUAAACAGCUAUACAGUGGAACCUCAGUUUUUGAGCGUCUUGGAAGCCAAACGUUUCAGAACCCGGACGCCAAAAACCCGGAAGUAAUUGCUUCCGUUUUCAAACGCGCCUCACAAUUUUCGCCAUUGAAAUUGCUGGCAGCCCUUUGUGCCACGGCUGUCAAAUGUUUUGGAAGUCGAACGGUCUUCUGGAACGGAGGUUCGACUGUACGACUUUUAGAAGAUAUCUGAAGGCAGCUGUGUACAGUGGUACCUCAGGUUAAGAACUUGAUUCGUUCUGGAGGGCCGUUCUUAACCUGAAACUGUUCUUAACUUGAGGUACCACUUUAGCUAAUGGGGCCUCCUGCUGCCACUGUUGUGCGAUUUCUGUUCUCAUCCAGAAACAAAGUUCUUAACCCGAGGUACUGUUUCUGGGUUAGCGGAGUCUGUAACCUGAAGCAUAUGUAACCCGAGGUACCACUGUAUAGGGAAGCUGCUAAUAUUUGAUGUUUUAUUGCAUUUUUAUAUCUGUUGGAAAGGGCGCUGCAGUCUAAACCACAGAGCCUAGGACUUGCCGAUCAGAAGGUCAGAGGUUCAAAUCCCUGCGACGGGGUGAGUUCCCGUUGCUCGGUCCCUGCUUCUGCCAACCUAGCAGUUCGAAAGCACGUCAAAGUGCAAGUAGAUAAAUAGGUACUGCUCCGGCGGGAAGGUAAACCACGUUUCCGUGCGCUGCUCUGGUUCGCCAGAAGCGGCCUAGUCAUGCUGGCCACAUGACCCGGAAGCUGCACGCCGGCUCCCUCGGCCAGUAAAGCGAGAUGAGCGCCGCAACCCCAGAGUCGUCCGCGACUGGACCUAAUGGUCAGGGGUCCCUUUACCUUUAUAUCUGUUGGAAGCCACCUAGAAUGGCUGGGGCAACCCACGCAGAUGGGCAGGGUACAAAUAAUAAAAUUAUUAUUAUUAUUUAGACUCUUGAUUUUACGGCCUCGCGCGAUGGGGAGGAGAGACCCCUGUAUAGAUGGAGGCAUUGCUUCUGUCAUUUGGGAGGGGAGCUUUGCUGAGUCUGGGGUGCCCCUCGUUCAAGUGAGCCAGGGUGACUGUGUGGGGCCUCAGAGUGGGGCAUGGACACCUGCCCAACAAGGCCCCUCUGUUCAGGGUGGCUCUUUGUGCCUUCGGUCUCUGGGGCAACGGGGCGCCUCCUCUAGCAGCUGGGUCAGGGUGGCAUCUUCUGAAGCCGCCCUGUCUGGCAGCUGGCGUGAGUCUUCGCUGGGUCCAAGGCAGGGUGCCGGCCAUCUCUCCGCCCCCACCCAGCAAACGGCCUUCCCCGGUUUCAAACGCCCUUUUGUGCUGGUGGAACAAAAGGUCCCCAGUGAUUUGGUGGUGAGGGGGGAGAGGGAGCCAGGGCCUGGGCCUCCCAGCAAGGGGGAGGCGAGUGACGUCUCGGAGCCUCGGGGCAGCACCCAGGGACAGCCGUCCCUCCCAGGGGUGUCACAGUGGCGAAGGCAGCAGAGGCCCCACGUAGAAAUCUUAGCAGAGAGGAUCCCAGCAGAGAGGCGCUGCACGUCGGGGGUUCAGUAGUUGUGAUUCCUGCAUUGCAGGGGGUUAGUCUAGAUGACUCUUAGGAUCCCUUCCAGCUUGGCAAUUCUGUGAUUUAGCUGCACCUUGCUAAUAGUUUGUUUUUCAAACAAAACUGGUUUUGAAAUAAUUGUAAAAAGUUGGGUUUUUUAGCCGAUUAAAUCACAGAAUUGUAGACUUGGAAGGGGCUCUGAGGAUCAUCUAGUCCCGUGGUUCCCAGUGUGGGGCACACGCCCCACAGGCAGGGGCAAUUUGAUUUUUAAAGGGGGGGGCAAUUCGAGAAUGAGUUAGACUACAUUAAAGGUAAAGGUACCCCUGCCCGUACGGGCCAGUCGUGUCCGACUCUGGGGUUGCGCGCCCAUCUCGCUUAAGAGGCCGGGGGCCAACGCUGUCCGCAGACACUUCCGGGUCACGUGGCCAGUGUGACGAAGCUGCUCUGGCGAGCCAGCACCAGCGCAGCACAUGGAAACGCCGUUUACCUUCCCACUAUAAAGCGGUACCUAUUUAUCUACUUGCACUUAAGGGUGCUUUCGAACUGCUAGGUGGGCAGGAGCUGGGAUCGAACGACGGGAGCUCACCCCGCCGCGGGGAUUCGAACCGCCGACCAUGCAAUCGGCAAGUCCUAGGCGUUGAGGUUUUACCCACAGCGCCACCCGCGUCCCGACUAGACUACAUUAAUGGCCUUUUAGGCUUCCUCUAUGUGAAUAGGAGUUCACUUUCUGAGUAAUAGCCCGGCUUUGGCUGGGGAGGGCAGGAUAUAAAUAAAUGAUGAUGAUGAUGAUGUCCGGCGGGGGGGCGGGGGCAUCAGGGUUUUAGAGAUGCUUUGGUAGGGCACUGAUCUACUCCAAACCCCUGCCGGUGUCUUCUUGUUUUUUGUAAACAGCUUUAUUAUAAAUCUUGCGAUAUAAAUAACCUGAAAACUCAUCUUUCCCUCUCUUGUUUCUCCAAUGCGCCCCCCCCCCAAACCCCCCAAAACCUGAUCAAUGAUACUCUGGGGUCACUGAGUGCAAACUCUUCACAUGCUCAGAAGUGCUCUCUCCAUUGUCUCUUCGGACUCUUGGUGGUGCAGAAUUGGGUCUUGGGUACAUCGAGACAGAGGAAGCUGCUUUCUACUGAACCAGGCCACUGGCCCACCUGGCCUGAUCUUGUUUACGCCAUGCUUUCGGGUUUCGGGGAGGGGGUACCUCCCCAGUUCUUCCUAGAGACCCCAGGCGUCGAAUCAGGGUCCUUCUGCAUGCCAAGCAGAGCUGUGGGUGGAGAAGACUCCUGAUGAGAGUCUUCUGGGUUCUUCUGAAGGGGAUGGCGGUGUUCUUGGGUGUCAGGAGCUGAGGAACAUGUCAGCGAAUGCUGCUAUCCUCCCGAAAGGGGGGUGGAGGGUUGGCGCUGCAAAUUUUGGUGCGUCCCUAGGGAGUACAGGGUGGGGGUGCCAAGCUUGGAAUAGCUACUUGCGUGGGAGCCUCUCUUUUGGUUUUUAGUUUUAUUUGCACAUAGGCAAAGGGAGGUGUGAAGAUUGCACAAUGUUUUAACCAUAAAGUCUGGUAGCUGUGCGGUACAGAAGGAAGUUGGGGGGGGGGCAUAGUUAGAACAGGGUGAAUGUUGCAGCCUUGAUUCUUCCUCUCUCCUCACCCGCUCCCUCCAACAUUGUUCCUCUGACGCUUUAUCUCGCCUAGACGCCCAUUCUGCCCCGCUUUUGGGACCCACAUUGGGCAUCUCAGAAAGAUGAAGGGGCCAUUUGGUACCCAGUUUAUAUAUCUGAGUUUCUAAAAUUGCUCGCUGCUGGAAGUGAAGUUACAGGGAACCAGAGGGCCUUCUCAGUGGUAGCACCCUCCCAUCUGAAGAACUACAGUGGUACCUCGGGUUACAGACGCUGUAGGUUACGUGUUUUUGGGUUGCGCACUGCACCGAACCUGGAAGUACCAGAACAGGUUACUUCCGGGUUUCGGCGCACAUGCAGAAGCGCUAAAUCGCGCUUGGCGCAUGCGCAGAAGCACCGGGUUGCGAUCUGUGUGUGCGCAGACGUGGCGCUGCGGGUUGAAAUGUGCCUCCCGCACGGAUCACAUUCGCAACCCGAGGUUCCACUGUAUACAACUUUCAGAAGACAUCUGAAGGCAUCCCUGUAUCGGGAAAUUGUUAAAGUUUGAAGUUUUAUUGUGUUUUUAUAUCUGUUGGCAACCCGGUCAGAUGGGCGGGCUCCAAAUAUAACAAUACAGUGGAACCUCAGUUGCCGAACAAUUCGGAACCCGAACGCUGACAACCCGGAAACGAAUGCUUCCGUUUUCGAAAGCGCCUCAGAGGUCAAAUGGCUUCUGAGGUGCGUUUCUCCAUUUUUUAAAGGAAUAUCCAGUCUUCCAGAACCGAUUACAUUUCACAACCGAGGUUCCACUGUACAGUGGUACCUCGGGUUCCAUUCGCUUCAGACUCUGCUAACCCAGAAAUAGUACCUCAGGUUAAGAACUUCGCUUCAGGGUGAGAACAGAAAUCGCGCGGUGGCAGCAGGAGGCCUCAUUAGCUAAAGUGGUGCUUCAGGUUAAGAACAGUUUCAGGUUAAGAACGGACCUCCGGAAUGAAUUAAGUACUUAACCUGAGGUACCACUGUAAUGAUAACAACAACAACAACUAUUUAACAGCCUCCCUAGCUUAUAUAUCUGAGUUUCUAACAUUGCUCUUACGAUGUCAUUAUGUCCUUAAAUCAUGCUAUGGUGAGGUGAGGUGAGUGGAUACAGUGGAAAGAAUGAGAUUCCCACCUGAGGAUGCUUUUAAAGCAGGGGUUGGCAAGGUUUACUCCAGUGGAGAUCCCUCUGUGGGCCGGAUCGUGCGCGUGCCCAUGAUUUCCGGCGUCUGUGUUUGUGCAGGCGCGAUUUCCGGUGCCGCAGAAGUGAGUCCCCACGCCGCGCUUUGCUGGUUUAGUGCAGCGCAUGGAGACUCGCCAAGUGGGUGGCCCGGUUUGGGGGCCGGUUAAACGACCGCUGUGGGCCGCUUGUGGCCCAUGGGCCUUAGGUUGCCAACCCCUGUUUUAAAGCGUCAAGGCCUAAAACACACUUGAUGAUUUCUCUCUUUGUCACCCUGCUGGAAGGGGAAGAGUUGCCUCGAUGUUUCUAGGGCGGCCUUUCGGGUUUCCGUAGCAACCAGGCAGGAGAGACAAGGUGUGUCUCUUCUGCAUCAAUAGAUUUUUGAUGGGUGCUCUCCCCCCUCCUAGCUUUCCCAUGAAAAUUCCCUGGAAUAAGGUUUGCUGCUGAGGGGGCAGAAUAUGCAUUGGGGGCCUGGUGGGGAGGAAGGGCCUCCUCUCAUAGCCAGUGGCCCAAUGGAGGAGUGUGGCCUUGAGCCCAGACUUAGCCCCAGAAUGUGUGGGAUGAGGAGACUGUCCUCUGAGCAUGUACAAAGGGGUUUUUUGGGGGGGAGAAGGAGCACGCUGCAUGAAAACGUUAAUGUUUUGUAUGAUAAUUGUUCUUCUUCUUUAUGGCAUAAUGCAUAUUUUUUGUAAAUUUGAAAGUACAACCAACGAAACAUCGAGCAAAAAUAUGCCAUAGGAAAGAAGAAUAAAAAUAAAGGAUUUUUAAAAAUGAAGUUUAAAAAAAAGAAUGAAUAGUUUCAAAUAUAUUCCAUAGUGGGAUGCACAGUUCACAUUUAUACAAAAUGUAUCAAGGUUUCAAAAACAUUGCCAGAUAAAAUCGUAUUUGGUAGUCUGUUUGUGUUAUAUAUUGUAUGUAUAGUGUAGGGUAAUAUAUUUAUGUUUUUAAAUGCAAAACAAGUUACCUUUUAAGUAACUAAGUGACUGCUAAUAAGAAUAAGAAUAAUACAGAAAAGCUUCUCUUCUUCCCACCCCCCAAGCUGAGAAUUAGAGACAAGUCAGAAGUCCAGAGCCCCCAAAUCUAUUUUUAAAAGAAAAUUAAAAUGCGCUGCCUUUGCAUCUGUUGCCAUCUUGACUUUACUGGGUGAUUUAGUUAUUUUUAAUGAUCUGACAAUAUGACUUUGCUCUGAGGAUGCCUUUGUAGGUGUGAAAAGGCAGCUGUAGCUGUUUUUAAUUAUAAAUAAUUCCAAAGCGUUGGCUGCACCGCAGUGAUAACUCAGAAGCCUCAUCACCCCCGUUCCUGCUUACCGAUAUUGUUCGUGUUAUUAAUUUACAGCUUGCCUUUUUCAGAAAAGCGCACGAGCCGUCCUCCCAUGAAAUCAGGGUAACACAAAGCACACACGUCCCCUCCUCUAUCUCAGGGGUAGAGAACACUUGCUAGGCAUGUAGGAGGUCCCUGGUUCAACCCUUGACAGUUCCAGGUAGGUCUGGGAGAGACUCCCUGCCAGAAACCCUGGAGAGGAGCUGCUGCUGCUGCUGCCAGUCAGUGUAGACAGUACUAAGCUAGAUGGGCUCAGUGGUUUGGCUUAGCAUAAGGCAGCUUCCUGCGUGCUUUCUCCAAAAAUACAUUUCCAUUUUCUUUUCUUUUUUUAAAAAAGAUAUUUAUUAGGAGUUUACAAGUUACAGAAAAAGAAAGAGAACAAUAAAAAAUUAAACAAAACAAAACAAUACCUUACAAUACAUCAAAAAAAACAAAAACAAAAAACAAAAAAUCCAAUACAAUAAAACAACGAAAAAACAGAACAAAAACAUUUAAAAACACAUCCAGCCUUUCCAUGUCUUUACCUUUCAUAUACUUGUUUCAUCGACCUCCUCACACCUCCCUUUUUGUAUUCUAGUUCAAUUAGCUAUUUCAGCAAGUCCUUUCCAUCUUUCUCAAUUUUCGUUCUAAAAUUUAACUUAAGACACUCUAACCUUAAAUUUUCCACUUUGGUCCAUUAACAAUCUAUUUUUACUUAAUUCUUUAUAACAUUUCUGCUAAAGCCAUAUAGCUUCGUUCCAGCAUCCUUCUAACAUUCAUUAAUUUUGCAAUAUUUCUGUAAAUAUACUUUAAAUUUUUUCCAAUCUUCUUCCACCGACUCUUCUCCCUGGUCUCGGAUUCUGCCAGUCAUUUCCGCCAGUUCCAUGUAGUCCAUCAGCUUCAUCUGCCAUUCUUCCCUGGUAGGUAGAUCUUGUGUCUUCCAGUGCUUUGCGAUAAGUAUUCUUGCUGCUGUUGUGGCAUACAUGAAAAAAAUUCUAUCCUUCUUUGGCACCAAUUGGCCUACCAUGUCCAAGAGAAAGGCCUCUGGUUUCUUUAGAAAGGUAUAUUUAAAUACCUUUUUCAUUUCAUUAUAGAUCAUCUCCCAGAAUGCCUUAAUCUUUGGGCAUGUCCACCAAAGGUGAAAGAAUGUACCUUCAGUUUCAUUACAUUUCCAACAUUUAUUAUCGGGCAAAUGGUAAAUUUUUGCAAGCUUGACUGGUGUUAUGUACCACCUAUAAAUCAUUUUCAUUAAAUUCUCUUUUAAGGCAUUACAUGCCGUAAACGUCAUACCAGUGGUCCAUAACUGUUCCCAGUCAGCCAUCAUAAUAUUAUGUCCAACAUCUUGUGCCCAUUUAAUCAUAGCAGAUUUCACCAUUUCAUCUUGAGUAUUCCAUUUCAGUAGCAAGUUAUACAUUCUUGACAAAUUCUUAACUUUAGGGUCUAACAAUUCUGUUUCCAAUUUUGAUUUUUCCACCUGGAAGCCUAAUUUUUUGUCCAAAUUAUAUGCCUCCAUUAUUUGAUAAUAAUGGAGCCAAUCUCGUACUCUGUUUUUUAAUUUUUCAAAGCUCUGCAAUUUUAAUCUGUCUCCCUCUUGUUCCAAGAUUUCCCAAUACUUCGGCCAUUUGGCCUCCAUAUUGAGUUUUUUUCUGAGCCUUUGCUUCCAUUGGUGACCACCAUCUUGGGGUUUUAUUUUCUAACAAGUCCUUAUAUCUUAUCCAAACAUUAUACAGUGCUUUUCUGACAAUAUGGUUUUUAAACGCUUUGUGUGCUUUAACCUUAUCAUACCACAGGUAUGCAUGCCAACCAAAUACAUUGUUGAAACCUUCCAAAUCCAACACAUCCGUGUUUCCAAGAAGCAUCCAUUCUCUCAGCCAACAAAAUGCGGCUGAUUCAUAAUAAAGUUUAAGGUCUGGCAGGGCAAAUCCACCUCUUUCUUUAACAUCUGUUAAUAUCUUAAAUUUUAUUCGAGGUUUCUUGCCCCGUUUCCAUUUUCUUUCCGUAAAUAUACUUUUAAAUUUCAUUUUGUAAUGUAUAUAAAACAGAGAACCAAAGUUAAGAGCUGAAAGUUAAAAGAUGAAAAGCAAAGCUAUAAAACAGGCACGGAGAAUUGAGUCCGAUUGCACAUGGGUUCAAAUAACAAAGUCCAAGUAAAGAAUAUUUGUGUCAUCUGAUUAUCUGGUUCCAGACUUGCCAAGCUUGGGACAAGAGUUGUAUUGAAAAUGUUGGCUCUGUUGCGCAUGUAAUAAAGGAAUACCAAAUCAUGUUAAAAGGGCCUGGUCCUUGUCAAAAUACCAAAUUAUGCGUAAUUUUAUCCAUUCUAGCUCUGUUCCAGAGUGAUUGGUACCAAGCACCCAGAGUGAGAUUUUGGGCCAUUUCCCACUGAGUUGCAAAUAACUAUGCCAAGAUCAUAUAGGACACCAAUUCUUUUGGCACUAUAUCUACAUUGGCACCAUCAGAAACAUUAAUUUUGGACAGCAAGCCAUGGUUUCUUUAGUAACCUGUCUCGUUUCCGUCAAAAUUAAGUUCCAGGAAUCUUGCGUCGACUUACCGGUACAUUCACAUCCUAAAUAGAAUAGAAUUUAUUAUUUAUACCCUGCCCAUCUGGCUGGGUUUCCCCAGCAACUCCGGGCGGCUUCCAACAGAGUAUUAAAAUACAGUUUUCUGUUAAACAUUAAAAGCUUCUCUAAAGAGGGCUGUCUUCAGAUGUCUUCUAAAAGUUUGGUAGUUGUUGUUCUCUUUGACAUCUGAUGGGAGGGUGUUCCACAGGGCGGGCGCCACCACCAAGAAGGCCCUCUGCCCGGUUCCCUGUAACUUCACUUCUUGCAGUGAGGGAACCGCCAGAAGGCCCUCAGAGCUGGACCUCCGUGUCCGGGCAGAAUGAUGGGGUGGAGAUACUCCUUCAGGUUUACUGGACCGAGGCCGUUUAGGGUUUUAAAGGUCAGCACCAACACUUUGAAUUGUGCUCGGAAGCAUACUGGGAGCCAAUGUAGGUCUUUCAAGACCAGUGUUAUGUGGUCCCGGCGGCCACUCCCUGUCACCAGUCUAGCUGCUGCAUUCUGGAUUAGUUGUAGUUUCCAGGUCACCUUCAAAGGUAGCCCCACGUAGAGCGCAUUGCAGUAGUCCAAUCAGGAGAUAACUAGAGCAUGCACCACUCUGGCGAGACAGUCUGUGGGCAGGUAGGGUCUCAGCCUGCGUCCCAGAUGGAGCUGGUAAACAGUUGCCCUGGACACAGAAUUGACCUGCGCCUCCAUGGACAGCUGUGAGUCCAGAAUGACUCCCAGGCUGCACACCUGGUCCUUCAGGGGCACAGUUGCCCCAUUCAGGACCAGGGAGUCCCCCCCACCCGCCUGCCCCCUGUCCCCCCAAAACAGUACUUCUGUCUUGUCAGGAUUCAACCUCAAUCUGUUAGCCGCCAUCCAUCCUCCAACCGCCUCCAGACACUCACACACGACCUUCACCGCCUUCACUGGUUCUGAUUUGAAAGAGAGUUAGAAUGUACCAAGUUCAUUGCAGCAACAAUCUCCAACCAUUAGGUGAUAUGGAAGGAAGCAAUUCUGACAUUUGCAAAGGAGUGCGAUACCAUCUGUGUAGCAAUUUCAAGGUGUUUUCCCUAAGAAAACUGGGAACGGAUGUUAAGGGUUGCUAUUUCCAAACUUUCAAACUUGUGGUUUUCUCUCCCUCCAGACCCUGGCUGGGCAUCAAUUAAUCGCGGAGUGCUGGUCUGCGACGAAUGUUGCAGCGUCCAUCGCAGUCUGGGGCGCCAUAUAUCCAUCGUCAAGCACCUUCGUCACAGCCCUUGGUCGGCCACCUUGUUGCAGGUGAGUGGGGGCACCUUUUGGGAUGCGGGCGGAGGGACAGUGGCAUCCCCAGAAUGGUGGCACAAAGCUGAUUUUUUUUUAAAAAAAUUCUUUAUUAAUUUAAAAUAAAUACAUGUAUGAAAAACAGACGUACAUACAAGUAAACAAACAUACAAUCAAACCAAUAACAGAAAAAUCAAACAAACCAUCACUCUUCAGAUAUAAGAAGGUUAAUAUAAUUAUCAUCAUAUAUACUCCUGGUAUUGAACACAAUUAUAACAUUUAUAGAAAAGAAAUUUAAAACUGACUUCCAGUUAAUCUCACUGAACUUUGUCUAUCCAUUACUUUAUACCGUACAGUUACGUAUUUCUCAUAUAAUUUCUUUUUACCUCCCUACAAACUUAUAUUUAUACAAUACAGGGAUCAGUCUAAUUCUGCCAAGAUGUUUCCUUUUAUUCCAUAGUUUUCUAAAUAUUCUUUAAAGAUUCUCCAAUCCUUAUAGACUUGUUUUGGUUGGCUGAUUUUGAAGCGUAGUCUGCUAUUACCGUAUUGGCCCGCAUAUAAGCCGCAUCCGAAUAUAAGCCGCAUCCGAAUAUAAGCCGCAACUUUAAAAUUCAGCGGCUUUGGGGAUGUUUGGGAACAGCAGGAGGGCUGAGCACCAUUGCCCCGUGGUCCUGGGCUGCUUUCUGGGGGGGUGGGGAGCUGCGCCACUUUGCCGGAGGCAUAAGGUCAUGAAUAUAAGCCACACUUUAACUUUUCACGAUCAGAAUUUGGAAAAAAAAGUGCAGCUUAUAUUCAGGCCAAUACAGUAUUAUUAUUAUUAUUAUUAUUGUUAUUGUUAUUGUUAUUGUUAUUGUUAUUAUUAACAUUUGUAUACCACCCUAUGCCUGUAGAUCUCAGGGCGAUUUACAACCUAAAAUUACAAUAUAAAAAAAGACAAAAUAUUCCAUAAUCCAUAUGCAGAAAUGGCGAAACUUACCGGAAGAAUAAGAAAUCAAGAUAGCAAACUUUCUAUAAAAGAAUGGAAAUGGUUUAUUGAAUAUUUACAGAUAAAUUGUAAACAGAUUUAAAACAUUGGCAGGAUUAUUGUAAUAACCUGCUGUUUCAUAAGGUAUAUAUUUAAAGAAGAUGAAUGAAUGAACAAAUUAAGUUAAUUUGGAUAUGCAGAAGAUAUUAAAAAUAAAUUUAAGGAACCGCAGACAGUGGGGGAAGGAAGUCAAGUUUUGAAAUGUCAAAAUGGUUGUAAAAUCAGUGAAAUGUAUAAAGGCCUGGUUAAAGAGGAAUUGUAAUCUCCUUGGGGGCAGGGGCCUGUCUCUUCCAUCUCUCUUUCCGGCACACCAAAAUGCAAUAAAAAAAAUUAUUAAAAGGAUCCCCAGUGAAGGAAGGUUGCAGUGUUCAAAUUAGAAAGAAGGCAAAUCAGAGGCGAUGUGAAAGAAGCUUCUAAACUUGCAUAUGGCAUAAUUGUGUGUCCAUGUGCUGGAACUCAUAGACAUCCAAUGCAGCUGCGUGUUGGGUGAUUCGGGACAGACCAAAGGCAGGACUUCUUUACACAAUUAAACUGUGGAACUCCCUGCCUCAUGAGGCAGUGACAGCCACUGAGUUGGAUGCCUUUAAAAGAGAAAUGGACUAAUUCAUGGCGGAGGAGGCUAUCAAUGGCAACUAGCCACAGUGGCUACUAUCUGCCUGCACAGUCAGAGGCAGAAAUGCUUCUGAAUACCAGUUGGGACACGGGUGGUGCUGUGGGUUAAACCACAGAGCCUAGGGCUUGCCGAUCAGAAGGUCGGCGGUUCGAAUCCCCACGACGGGGUGAGCUCCCGUUGCUCGGUCCCUGCUCCUGCCAGCCUAGCAGUUUGAAAGUACGUCAUGUGCAAGUAGAUAAAUAGGUACCACUAACGGUGUUUCCUUGCGCUGCUCUGGUUCACCAGAAGCGGCUUAGUCAUGCUGGCCACAUGACCCAGAAGCUGUACGGCCAAUAAAGCGAGAUGAGCGCUGCAACCCCAGAGUCGUCCACGACUGGACCUAAUGGUCAGGGGUCCCUUUACCUUUACCAGUUGAUGGAAGGAAGCCACAGCAGGCAAAAGUGCUCUCGUGUUUGGGUCCUACUUGAGAGUUUUGUACUGGGGCAUCUGUUUGGCUACCAUGAGAACAGGAUUCUGGCGUAGGGGGCCCUCUUUGGCCUGAUCUAUCAGGCUCUCCUUAUGUUCCUAAACAAGUUUUGCUCAGCUUUGGGGCUGGGGGGGACCAGGCCACAGUCUUUGCAGGAGUUCUGGGGGCACUGGGGAGGCAGACCAUGUAAUCAUUCAGAGAGGACAUUCAAGGCCUGUAUUGUUAAAAAGCAAUGAACAGCAGGUAUUAAAAGCAAUCGAAAGAUACGGUAAUUAUGAGCAGCAACAUGCCGAAAAGGACACAUAUUUUGAUCUCCACAUUCUACACGCCUGGAUGACAUAAUAAUAAUAAUAAUAAUAAUAAUAAUAAUAAUAAUAAUAAUUUAUUAUUUAUACCCCGCCCAUCUGGCUGAGUUUCCCCAGCCACUCUGGGCGGCUUCCAAUAGAGUGUUAAAAACAAUACAGCAUUAAAUAUUAAAAACUUCCCUAAACAGGGCUGCCUUCAGAUGUCUUUUAAAGAGAAGAUAGCUGCUUAUUUCCUUCACAUCUGAAGGGAGGGUGUUCCACAGGGUGGGCGCCACUACUGAGAAGGCCCUCUGCCUGGUUCCCUGUAACCUUACUUCUCGCAAUGAGAGAACCGCCAGAAGGCCCUCAGCGCUGGACCUCAGUGUCUGGGCUGAACGAUGGGGGUGGAGACGCUCCUUCAGGUAUACUGGACCGAGGCCGUUUAGGGCUUUCAAGGUCAGCACCAACACUUUGAAUUGUGCUCGGAAACGUCCUGGGAGCCAAUGUAGGUCUUUCAAGACCGGUGUUAUGUGGUCUCGGCGGCCGCUCCCAGUCACCAGUCUAGCUGCCGCAUUCUGGAUUAGUUGUAGUUUCCAGGUCACCUUCAAAGGUAGCCCCACGUAGAGCGCGUUGCAGUAGUCCAAGCGGGAGAUAACUAGAGCAUGCACCACUCUGGCGAGACAGUCCGUGGGCAGGGAGGGUCUCAUCCUGCGUACCAGGUGGAGCUGGUAGACAGCUGCCCUGGACACAGAAUUAACCUGCGCCUCCAUGGACAGCUGUGAGUCCAAAAUGACUCCCAGGCUGCACACCUGGUCCUUCAGGGGCACAGUUACCCCAUUCAGGACCAGGGAAUCCUCCACACCUGCCCGCCCCCUGUCCCCCCAAAACAGUACUUCUGUCUUGUCAGGAUUCAACCUCAAUCUGUUAGCCGCCAUCCAUCCUCCAACCGCCUCCAGGCAUGUGCCUGUAGCAGGCACCGAAAACGAGUACACCAACUUCAACAGGCAGGGAGUUCCACAGAGGUUGGUUUCUUACAAGCAUGUUAAAAGGAGAAUUUAUUCUGGCACCUGUAACAAAAAGCAGUUCCACAGGCCAAAGCAGUCAGAUGAACGUCGAUGCAACAAGGUGAUCCUGCAGGUAAACUGGCCAUUUCCCUGUUGAUUUUUCUCUCCUCCUUUUUUUCUUCCCACUCUCCCAAUCCCUGCCCUCCGGUCCUCAGAUGGUCCACACCCUCGCGAGUAACGGUGCCAAUUCUAUAUGGGAACACUCGCUGCUUGAUCCGGCGCAGGUCCAGAGCGGGAAGCGUAAGGCUAACCCACAGGAUAAAGUCCAGUGAGUCCUGGUGAAUUGGAGGAGGGGGUAGAUGGGGAGAGGUUGGGGGGGUACCUACCUGGGGAGAUGGGCUCAUUCCCCCAAGGAAGAAUGGCAGUGGGCAUUGACCAUUCUGUAAUUUUUGUGGGGGUUACGGGGUGCGUAGAGAAGGGAGGGGCCUGCUGGAUGAUGCCAGCUGUAAUUAUGAUUUUCUGGUACAUCCCUAACAGUGGCACCUUAGAGACCAACUAAGUUUGUUAAUGGUAUGAGCUUUCGUGUGCAUGCACACUUCUUCAGAUACACAUUCUUCAGGUGUGUAUUUGAAGAAGUGUGCAUGCACAUGAAAGCUCAUACUAAUAACAAACUUAGAUGGUCUCUAAGGUGCUACUGGAAGGAAUUUUUUGUUUUGUUUCGACUACAGCAGACCAACAUGGCUACCUACCUGUAACUGGUACAUCCCUGUCUUACUCAGAAUGCCAAUGUUGGACCAUUUAGCCUCCACUGACAACUCAUUCUUAACUGGAACCAUUUAAAAAAAUAAUCAUUGUUUGACAGUUACUAACAACUCCACUGCCCCAGAUAAGAUUGCUGCAAAUUGUAACAAUCUGCAAGAAAAUACAACUUAGUGUAAAAUUGCAAUAUUUCUUCUAAAAACCUCUCAAAAUCUACUUGAAUUUGCUUUCGUGGGAUGUCAAUAUUACAUAGGAGCAGCCAGUUUUGCCAGAAUUGUUUUAUGUAUUCACUUGCAAUUCUGGCUCUUGAGGCAUCGGUUUUUUUGCCACUGUAGCCAAAUCCCAAAUUUUAUUAAGCAUUCAUUCCAAGAAUGUAACUUUUGAGCCAUUAGCAGAUAGGAUGUAAGUCCCUUAAAUGUUCUUUGCAUGUGAUAGGCAGUGUACAGUUGAGCAGUAUCGACGCUGGAUCUAAGGGAAAAUCGCAUUUCAAUAUUUUUCUUAUCAUUUUUAUCACCCAUCUGGAAUUGGAAGGUAGAUCAUGCAACCCAAAGGAUGAGGGCAGCUCAAUUUUAAAGCUCUUCCUUUAACUCUGUACAGAGUUAAAUCUGCUUUUGCCAACCUGAUGGCUUCUCAGAGGUUUUGGACUACAUCUCCCAUCAGCCCUAGGCAGCCUGGCUUUGUCUUGGACUGCACCUGUGCUGAUUGGGAGUUGUAGUCCAAAACCUCUGAAGAGCGCUAGGUUAGGGACAGCUAGGUUCUACACACUCUCCCAAGGCCUCUCUGAUCACCGAAUCAUAGACAUGUAGAGUUUUAAGGGACCCUGGGGGUCAUCUAGUCCAACCCUCUGCAACACAGGAACCUUUUGCUUAACAUGGGACUCGAACCCACAACCCUUUGAUUAAGAGUUUCAUGCUCUACCGACUGAGCUAUCCCUUAUGCCUCUAUUCUUUAUCUGCGGCCAUAUUCCUGGCCUACUCAGACAUCUCAGCCUCCCGCAAGGGCCCUUUUAAUAGUUCUGCAAACGAAGCGGGGAACUAAUUUUGAACUUGCUGACUGCAGCAGAGAGAGGAGAGACUCAAGAGCUCUGUCUAUUUUGGAGCGGACGUCUGAAAGGGUUGGAAAAGGAGCAGGACCAGCUCCGGUUGCAGAAGACACCCGACAAAGUCAUAACUCCGCCUUUGCCAGAUGUUUCGGACUACAACUCCCAUCAUCCCCAGCAGGCAUGGCUAUCUGAUGCUGGGGCUGAUGGGAAUUGUAGUGCAAAGCAUCCAAAGGGCACCAGAUCAGGCAGAAGCGGAGUUAAGAUUUCCAUGAACACCGUCGGUCAUUUCCACACUUCACCCAAUAACUUAGAGGGCUCAAACUCUUUCAGAAAUGAUGUGUGGGUCGUCUGAGGAGGUAAGGAACCCACAGAUAAUUUCUGACAGCGUUUGAGCUACUGCAAAAUCAAAGGGAGUUUAUUUUGCCCUUCGCAGAGCUUGCAUUUCCAAGUUUCAUUCUGUUCUUGCUCUGCACAUCGCUCUGAUGGCUUUAAAUUCUGACGCCACCUGUCAGCUUAGCUGCACUUCCUUCAUUGCACGGGGUUGGACUAAAUGACCUUUGGGAUCCCUUCCAGCUCUACAUUUCUACAUGAUGAUGAUGAUGAUGAUGAUGAUGAUGAUGGAAGAAGGCAAAAACAAUGAAUAGCUGUCAAAGUGUUUUGUAGGUCUCUAUGUUCAGUUGCAUUUCUUGGUAUUAUGAUUAUUGGGGUUUUCUGCUUUGCAGGCAGUCUUCCACUUCCACAUUUUGUUGUUUUUAAUAAAAUGUUCAAACCAAGAAUUAAAGCCUUCCCAGGGCAGGGCCCGAAGCUUGUGCUGGAGGAGGUGGAGCAGAGAGGGAAAGAGUGCCUCUGGUCAUGUGCAGAGGUGCUCUUAGCCCUCAUUAUCCAGAAGCUUGACGAGCUUCCAGGCUACCUGAGUCUUUUCUAGGCCACUGUUAUCAAUAAAUCCCUGUUGGGGAGAAAGCAGCAUCACACCGUUGUAACAGUCUUGGCUUCCCCCAGAGAAUCCUGGGAACUGUAGUUCGUUGUUAGGCGAUCCCUCCCCCUGUGCCCUUCACACAGCCACGAUUCCCAGAGUUCCCUGAAAAAGAGGAAUUGAUGGUCACACCACUUUACACCACAAUUGUACUUCCGUGAGGGUGAGAAUGGGGAGUGUCACCUAAUAACGCUCAACACUCAUGACAAACUACAGAUCCCAGGAUUCCUUCUGGGGAGGAAAGCCAUGCUUGUUUAAAGUGGUAUAAUCAUGCUUUAAAUCUGUAGUGCGGACAGCGCCUUAGUGUGACUCCUCACUGAUCUGCUCCUGUUCUGUAUCUCAGCCCCACCAAGUCUGAAUUCAUCCGUGCCAAAUACCAGAUGCUGGCCUUUGUCCACAAGCUCCCGUGCCGAGACGACGACGGCGUCACCGCCAAGGACCUCAGCAAGGUAGACACUUCUGUGUGCACACCUGAAAGGGGUUUACGAAAAGAACAACUCCAGGGAACCAUCAGAGUUAAAAGCAGUGCUUUUUUUCUUAAAAAAAAUGUUUAGGGGUACUCUCAUUUCCCUACUUAUAUUGAAAUUCUGCCCCUCAGUGAGGCCAAACUUAGAUUCACAAAAUGUUUAGGGGUAUGCGUACCCCUGUGUCCCCCCCAGCACUGGUUAAAAGCAACAAUUUAAAAUAAUUCAAAAAAUAGUAAUUGGAAUAAGCUAAAAACCAGAUGAAAACACAUGUCAGGCUUUGCCUAAGCAAAGAAGUUUUUAGCAGCUGCUGAAUGGAGUACACAGCGAAGGUGCCUGACUGAUGUCACUAGGCAGGGAGUUCCAAAGGACAGGAGCUGCCAGGCUAAAAUACGGAUUUCUUACAAAUGAAGAAUGAGUAUUGUGUGGCAUCUGUAGCCAUACCAGCUUCCCAGCCUGAAGUGGUUGAGAGGAAUUAAAUGGGGUAUAUGAGCUCUUGUUUUCCGGGGUCUUCGUCCCUCGGUUUGUGGGGGGCUGGCCUGUUUGUGUGCGCACAUGUUUGUAGAUAGCUUUGUGUUUCCUUCCACCUGACCUCUUUCCUCCCCGUCCUCCUUCCUCCGCAGCAACUGCAUUCAAGCGUCCGGACGGGGAACCUGGAGACCUGCUUGCGCCUUCUUUCCCUGGGCGCCCAGGCCAACUUCUUCCACCCGGUGAGCCCCCGCCACUGCCCCAUCUCCCAGUGUCGGGUUUCUUAUCCUGCCGCACCCUGCUAGGUCUCGGAAUAUCUGCCCUUUUCGCUUAAUUGGCGGAGCCUGGCCAUAGAGAGAAAGAGUGCCUCUGGGCAUGUGCUGUGUGCGGUGGUAGAGCGAAAUCCUCUGCUUUUUGUAGGAGAAAGGGACGACGCCCCUGCACGUCGCUGCCAAGGCAGGCCAGAUCCUCCAGGCGGAGCUGCUCGUCGUCUACGGGGCGGACCCCGGGGCACCUGACGUGAACGGACGCAGCCCCAUCGAUUACGCCAGGUGAGGGUGUCAUGUAUAGCCCCACCCACUUCUGACUCUAGCACCUCCCACUGCUGGCCCAAUAUUGCCCAUCAACAGGGUGGUGCUGUGGUCUAAACCACUGAGCCUCUUGGGCUUGCCAAUCAGAAGGUUGGCGGUUUGAAUCCCUGCGACGGGGUGAGCUUCUGUUGCUCUGUCCCAGCUCCUGCCAACCUAGAAGUUUGAAAGAACACCAGUGCAAGUAGAUAAAUAGGUACCACUGCGACAGGAAGGUAAACGGCGUUUCCGUGCACUUUGGUUUCCGUCAUGGUGUCCUGUUGCACCAGAAUCGGUUUAGUCCUGCUGGCCACAUGGCCCAGAAAUCUGUCUGUGGACAAACGCCGGCUCCCUCGGCCUGAAAGCAAGAUGAGCAUUGCAAGCGCAUAGUCGCCUUUGACUGGACUUAAUCGUCCAGGGCUUACUACUACUACUACUACUACUACUACUACAACUAAUAAUAAUAAUAAUUUAUUUAUACCCCAGCCACUCUGGGCGGCUUCCAACAAAAUAUUAAAAUACAGAAAAUACAGUAAUGCAUCAAACAUUAAAAGCUUCCUUUACCUUUUUCUCUUUACCUAUCAGCAGUCUAUUAGAUGGUUACCCAUUUGUGUUUCCUGGUUGCAGCAGAUCAUCUCUGUUGCGUUAAGUUUGUAACGAGUCCUGUUUACUGGUGUGGGUUUCUCUCUCUCUCUUUCUGGCCUACCUUGUCUGACCGUUGUCCUUCCCUCCCUCCCCACAGGCAGGCGUCUCAGCACGAACUGGCCGAGCGCCUGGUGGAAUGCCAGUACGAGCUGACGGACAGGCUGGCUUUCUACCUCUGCGGACGAAAGCCGGGUAAGAGAACGGCACACUGUUCCAGCGGGAGGGAGCUGAACCUCGGGGAUAACAACCUCCUACCACAGAAGCUUCCCGCUGAGCGGUCUGUCCAGCCUCCCUUCUGAACACAGAUGAGCUGGGGGCUCAGGGAGGGGUCCCUGUUCAAGACAAAACAGCUGCAGAGCGGAAACAGGGAAUCUGCCAUGCACUGAGCCAGACGACUGGCCCGCCUAGUCCAGUGUUGCCUGCCCUGCCUGGCAGGAGCUGUCCAGGAUUUCAGAUAAAGCAUCUCUCCCAACCCAGAUAUCCAAGAUUGCCGACAAGUUGCAACCCUCUGAGCCAGCAUACGGCUUUUCCUGUGCUCCUAUUUAAAUCGGCUCCUAAAUCAGAACCGUGAGGACUGACAGCUAAUUUCUAAGACAAAGGUUGCAGCUCGUUGGGAGAGCGUCUGCUUUGCAUGCUAGAGGCCCCAAAUUCAAUUCCCAGCAUCACCAGGUAGGGCUGAGAGAGACAGCUCCCCCUCCAAAAAAUAACCCUGCAGAGCCACAGCUGCCAGUUAGUGUAGACAACACUGAGCUAGAUGAACCAAUGAAUCUGAUUCGGGAUAAGGUGUUUUGCUAUGCUCGUGUGAUUCGCUCGUCCCUUCCCAAUACCCCCUUUUGUGCAAUAGUCAUACCUCGGGCUACAGACGCUUCAGGUUGCGUAUUUUUGGGUUACGGACCUGCCGAAACCCAGAAGUACCAGAAUGGGUUGCUUCCGGGUUUUGGUGGUUGCGCAUGCGCAGAAGUGCUAAAUUGCACUUUGCACAUGCACAGAAGUACCAAAUUGCAACCCGUGCAUGCGCAGACAUGCCACUGCGGGUUGCGAAUGCUGCGGGUUGCGAACGUGCAUCCUGCGCGGAUCAUGUUCGCAACCCGAGCGACCACUGUAUUGCUAUUUGUCUUGGUUUAUUAAAAAAUGUAGCGAUCGGAAUUAUGUUUACCGUUAAUGCAAGAGUGGCGUGACUUGAUUCUGUUUAGGAACUUCCUCUCUGUCGCUCUUCUCCCAGGAAACUUCACCACAGGGCCAUUGCUCUUUCGCUCACAUGUAAUGAUGGCAUGGCUAUUGUUGUUUAAAACCCUUACCUUUCCAAAUAAUUCCUGGCAUUUCCUGUUUCUGCUGCAGCAGAGCAAGUGGGAAUGUAUGUUUUGGUGGUGCUGCGGAACGAGCCAUCCUGCUAAUCUUUGUGGAACCAGGGAGUCGGCCCAGGGACCCCUAGCGGUCAUCUAGUCCAACCCCCUGCAAUGCAGGGGUCCCAGUGAGCCAGCGAACCUGCCUCUGUGCAAGGGGGGCAGGGCGACUGGAUUCAGAAAAGCCGCUUUUGAUCUCACUCAACCCAUUUCCUUUCUUUAUUUUGUCUCUCUACGCAGACCACAAGAAUGGGCAUUACAUCAUCCCGCAAAUGGCAGACAGGUGGGGAACAGUGACAAUUCAUGGCAUAUUCGUUCAAAAUGAAAUUGAAACCAUUUAACUCAACAGAACUGGCGGACCUGAUGCAGGGAGGCCAGCUAUUUCAAAGUCUGAUAGUCGUUUGCGCCCCCUGCUGCCUCCUUGCCUCUUGGCCUCCCACUUUGAGAACCACUGCCCUGGCCUCCUAAACCGCGUCGUGGUACAGUCGUACCUCGGAAGUCGAACGGAAUCCGUUCCGGAAGUCCGUUCGACUUCCAAAAUGUUCAGAAAUCAAAGCGUGGCUUCUGAUUGGCUGCAGGAAGUUCUUGCAGCCAAUCGGAAGCCCCGCUGGACGUUCGGGUCCCAAAGAACGUUCACAAACCGCAGCACUCACUUCCGGGUUUGCAGCGUUCAGGAGCAAAAACGGUGUUCGGGAUCCAAGCUACGACUGUAUUAUAGAAUUGUUGAGUUGGAAGGGACCCCCAGCGGUCAUCUAGCCCAACCCCCUGCAAUGCAGGAAUCUCACCCAAGGCAGGACCUGAACCCACAACCCUGCGUUUAAGAGUCUCAUGCUUGACCAACUGAGCUGUCUACAGCUGAAGCAAGAGCCUGCCCCAUCGUUGCUCCUCAGAUCUGACCUUUGGGUGCUUCUGCCUCGAGGGCUGAGUGGUGGUGGCUCCUCUGACGUCUCUGAGGAGGGUUCUUAAGUGGGUCGCUCUCACCCACCCCAAAGGGGGGGUCCUCUGCACCAGAUACAGGGGGCCCUGGCUGCUUGUCAAGGCUCCCAGACUGUGGUGUAUUUUGGUCUUAGAAGCAUAGAAUUGUACUGGAAGGGUUCCUGAGGGUCAUCUAGUCCAACCCCCUUCACUGCAUCCCUCGGCUCAGUUUUGGGCACGGUCUGGGUCAGUGUUAGGCAAGGAGAGACUGGCUUGAUAUCUUGACCCAGCGAGCACCUGCGAGACCUUCAGGAGGCGAGUGCGAAUCCCCACCCUUUGGCUACAUAACGCUCUGCUUUUGUUUUUUUUCUUAACAUCCUCACUUCUCUCUUUUUCCAACCCCUCGCUGCCUUUUCGGAGUUCAGAGUGCGCCCAAAAUGCAUGUCUCAAAGGUACCAAGGCUUCAGCUUCCGUCUGCAUGACGACACCAUCGCCCUGUGUGCCCCACACAUGCCCUCCAAAUUUCUGUGGGGUCUAGGGAGAUAUAACAUGGAUUAUCAGUGUCUGUUUUAUGGGGUGGGCUUGGAGGAGUUUGGAUGCAAAAUGGCAGGGAGGGUGGGAAUAAAUAGAAUAUUUUUGUGACCGUGUUUGGCCUGUCAGUCUCUCCCCACACCCCCAGUCUUCUGCAGGGCUGGAAAAACCCCAGGAUUAUGAAUGCUUAGAAGGUCGCCCUUGAGAGAAUCUGCCCAAGGGUCUAGGGAUGCGAAGAGAGCCUGACUGCUGGAGCCCACCUAGUCCAGCACCUGCUUCUCUUUGUGGCUAGCCAGAUUUGGCUAAAUGCCGCCACCACUGGCGGCAAGCAAAGUCGUAUGGAAACCGGACAGAAGUGUGAUAUAAAUGGGUAUAAGAAGGGCCUAUAAUCUCCAGCGCGCUCUCACCUGCGUCCAUCGGUCUGUAGAUGAACCUGCCUCCCCCCUCAAUUAUUAUGAUAAUAAUAAUAAUAAUAAAUUUUUAUUUAUACCCUACCCUUCCCGGUUCAGAAAACUGGGCUCAAGGCGGCUAACAACAAAUUUAAAACACUUAAUUGUGAUACAACAAAAAAACAGCAUAAAAUACAGUACAAAAGUGUGAUAACAAUAAAUUCAAAGUUCUAAAAUCAAUUUAGGGGGGAAAUCCAUCCAAUAAACAUGAAAUGAUCACCUGGGCUGGCUGGCUAAAUUAGUCCUAUUUGGGCCAACAAGGAGACCAGGGGAGAAUUAGCUGUGGGUAAUCUUCAUAAAAAGGGGAGGGGGAGGGAAGGAAGGGGAAUAAAAGAUCAGGCUAAAUUCAGAUUGAAAGCCAGGCGGAAUAGCUCUGUCUUACAGGCCCUGCGGAAUAAAACUGUAGAGUUGGCAGGGUUCCCCAAAGGUCAUCUAGCCCAACCCCAGGAAUCCCAGCUAAGGAAUCCCUGACCAAUGGUCAUCCACCCUCACCUUAAAAAUCUCCAACCCUUACAAAUCUGUUAGUCGCAACUUCUUCGUUGGGGGGAUUCUGCAGAUUUGAACGGUCUGGCGCCAGGCAUCGUUUGGAGGAUGUAAGGGGUGUGUGUGUGUUGGUGGGGUGCAUGGAAAUGGGCAUUGAUCCCCGAUUUCAUUUCCGCUGGAAGAAGAUUGACGGCUUCUUUGCCCUUCUCCCCAACAGCUUGGACCUCUCUGAGCUCGCCAAAGCAGCCAAGAAGAAACUGCAGGCGGUGAGUCUUCUUCCAGGGAUUAUUGAGGGCGGUUCUGGGUUUUGUUGGGGGGGGGGCGAGGCUCCUGGGUGGGGUGUCAUAAGCCUGUCCCAGAGAGUCAGGAGGCCCCCGUGGCCAAUUCAAAAAUGGAUCUCCCUGCCCCAGGCUUUCUCCCCCCUUGAAAACGUGUUGUUUUAUUUCCCCUGAACUGGGGAGCCAACAUGCCCCCCUCCAGAUGUUGCUCAAGGAUGGGAGUUGGGAGAUACAGACCUCCAACAUCUGGAGGCCCUGCAGAUUCCCUCCCUGAAAUAAGGGCAUUCCCCUGCCUCUGGAGGGAAAACCUCUUUUAAAUAGAAGCAUUGCUUCUUGGGGUGGGGGGGUGCCUCUUUUGAAUAAAGACGUUCCUUCUCUCUCUUGGGGGGCAGUUUCUUCCAAAUAGAGGCAUUCCUCCUCUACUUGCUUUUUAAAAGUGACCGUGCUUUUCCGUGUAUAAGACUAGGUUUUUAAAAAAUAAAAAAUAAGCUUUAAAAACUGGGGGGUGAUUGGUUGCAGCCGCGAGCUGCAGAUUGUCAUUGGGGAUUUGUGGUGUGAUUGGCGGCUGCGGCAAGGGCGGCUGAGGACGGGCUGCCGCUGCGGCAAUUGUGCUUGCUAUUUCCUUCUGCUGUUGGUGACUGGGCAGAUGCUUGUAGCAGACGCGAGCGAUUGUUAGCUGGCGCAAGUGAUUGCAAUCGUCAGGUUAGUGAUUUACUGCGUUCACACCCGCACCUCACCCCAAAAAGCUCAACAGCUCUGGCAAUGCUCCCCCCAAAAGACUUUGGGCCAUUUUCUGAAAUUGGAGUCCCCAAAAUUAGGGGGCGUCUUAUACACGGAAAAGUACGGUGCUUUAGAUUUUCUUUGGAAUACAGUGUUAAGUAGUUAAUAAUAAUAAUAAUAAUAAUUUAUUAUUUAUACCCCGCCCAUCUGGCAGGGUUUCCCCAGCCACUCUGGGCGGCUUCCAACAAAGUAUAAAAAUACAGUGGUCUGUUAAACAUUAAAAGCUUCCCUAAACAGGGCUGCCUUCAGUUUAUAAAGCGAGUUUCUCUCCUGCAUCUUACAUCCCCAAGGAACAUAACAACGCAAUGAAAUUCAAAGCCAUUGAUUGCACAGUUCUUCAGAAAUCCAAUUAAAACUAUGGAGGUUAAUUAGUUCGACGAAACUGAUGAACUUGAUCCAGUGACCUCAGCUUUGGGGAAAUCUGAGAGUCAUUUACACCUCUAGCACACGCACCCACACCCUGCCCCCUUGCACUCUUGCCCCCCCCGGGAAUCCCACCCCCACAACCUACUUGGGUAACCUCGGGAUCAUGGGAUUACUUCCUACUCACAAGUCUGGCUCCUGGCUGGCUGUAACCAUUAAGCAACGCUUCCCUGUUUGGACCGCCCAGUUGAGACCAUUCCCUUCUCUGCUCUGACACUUUCCUUCCCCAAUUACCACCUGGAACCCUGUUAAUGAGCCGACUUCUUAUCUCAUUUCUUUCCCCUCCCACCCCAAAUAUCUAUCUAUCUAUCUAUCUAUCUAUCUAUCUAUCUAUCUAUCUAUAGCUAAGCAACCGUCUCUUUGAGGAACUCGCCAUGGACGUCUACGAUGAAGUGGAUCGCCGGGAGAAUGAUGCAGGUGAAGAGUUUUGGGGGUGGGGGUCUUGAAGUUGGGGGGUCAUCUAGUCUAACCCCUUGUUGAGUGAGGGUGGGGCUUUCCCCUUUCUCAGUCAUAUCCUCCUGGUCUUUUGGGGGAGGGGCAAGGAGAUUCCAAUGCUUAUAGGCUUAGCCCAGCUUGAAGACUUAUGAAUAAGGGGCUGAUAAAAUCUCUCUCCCCCUUUUUAAAAAUCAGUUUGUUCAUUGUAGUUCUUCCUCUGGCCUUUAGGUGGCAAUGUGCACUCAGUUGCUUGUGGUAAUAUCAUUGGAAGAAUCUAUUAUUAUUAUUUGGGGGGGUGGAUGGAUUCGAACUCUGGCUUCAUCCAGACUCCCUCCAGCACCCUCUAGUUCAGGCAUAGGCAAACUCCGGCCCUCCAGGUGUUUUGAGACUACAAUUCCCAUCAUCCUUGACCACUGGUCCUGUUAGCUAGGGAUGAUGGGAAUUGUAGUUCCAAAACACAGGAGUUUGCCUGUGCCUGCUCUAGUGCCACUGCCCAAACUUAUUUCUCUGUUUCCUCUCGCCUUGUAUUUUCUCCCCCCAAACUUACAUUUACUCCCCUUAACUGCGAUUGCUGCGGUUGGGCUAGAGGACCUCUUCGUUCCCUUCCAACUCUGCAAUUCUACAAUUAAGCCUCUGCCCCAACUUUGGUUAUGGCAGUUUCUGUUCUGAAAUAUGAAAGAACGUGGGUUUUUUCCCACCCCACCCCUUUUAUAUAAAGUAUUUUAGUGGUUUACUCCAAGAAGAGACUAAAGAUUAUUAGUUGGGGGGGUGUCAAUGCAACUUGGCUCAAUUGCGAGAGCCACCUGGAAUCAUUUUGCUGGGCCAGGGUUCUUGUUUGUUCUGCUCAUUGGCGUCCACUGUGGGGGGUGGGUGGAAAGAGAGCUGUCUUUCCCCCCACACACUGACAACCCAUAAUUCCCUGGGGUGUGAGGUGACUUAUGGAGAACCUGAAGGCCAGAAAUGUGAGCUUCCUCUGCUCCUUCCUUAAGCUUGCCUGCCACCUUCUUUUGAGACAGAGGAUGCUUAAAGGAAAUUUUUCCUGCUGGUCUGAAUGUCUUUUGCAUGUGGUUGCAGGCUGCUGCCAUCUUGUUCUGCGCUACAGGCUACAAAAAUGUCUUGUGCUGGCCCUGGGAAAAAGAGGCAGGGGUGUUUGUGGGGCAAAAAGAUGCCAUCGCCUUCCAAUGGGGGGGGGGGGAGUAUGGUUCAUUUCCCCUUCUCUACGCCCCUCUCCCUUUGCCUGCUUUUAAAACUAGUUUGGUGUUUUAUUCUGGCGGGUGGUGUUCGUUGUUGUUUUUAAAAAACUAUUUUAUUUCAUUAAAGUUACAUAACACUCAAUUGCAAAGCAAACAAGCAAAACUCUAAGCAGUUUGCAAAAAAAAGGGCAAAACAAGGACUUUAUUAGUUAAACACAAGUGUUAAAAACCUACAAAAGAAAAUUAAGACCAACGAUAAGAUAAAAACAAACGUCGGCAUUCUGCGUUUGCCUUAACGAAAAAUGUUUUUAGCAGGUGCUGGAAAACGUACAGCGAAAGCACCUUCUUGGUGUCAAGAGGCAGGGAGUUCCAGAGGCUGGGUGCUGCCGUACUAAACGAUGGAUUUUUUUUUUUACAAAUGCAAAACGAGCAUUAUGUGGCCAGAGCCUCUAAUUAUUUAGUUCUACUGUUGCUGGUCUGUCUCGUUUUGGUGCUGAAGUUCGUUUUAAUUUGUGGGUUGUUGUAGUAAAGAUUGGUGUGAGUUCUUAAUGGUUGCAAUUUUCAGGUCUGUGUGUGUGUAAAAUGUCUAGCGUUUGGUUUUCAUCUCGAGAGAGUGGGACCCAGGUGUGAGAAUAAAUAUGGGGCAAGCUGGCUCCUUCCCGCAUGCUCCACUCUUACCUCCCCUUUCCUAAGAUUCGAAUUUGGUACACACGUUUGCCGUGCGCCAGCCUGUCUAUGCACCAUACGGGCAAGACACAUUUAAAGCCCAUUCCCCCCAAAGUGUCCUGGGAACUGCAGUUUACCCCAAGCAGGGCUAUAUUUCCCAGCAAACUACAGUUCCCAGGACUUUUUUAUUGCAAUGAGUGGGGAAUAAAUGCAUGGUGUUUGCACAGCCCAUUGAAACCUCUCCUGUGUUCCUGAAUCAGGACAAUGAUUGUGGCUCACUUCCUUUCUCUCCCCCCCCCCCCCCCGUUUAGCUUUUGGGAGGAAAGUGGUCAGUGGUUUCCCCAACCUGGGGCUCUCCAGAUGUUUCAGACAACAUCAGCCUCAGGCUAGCACAGCCCUUGCAUCCUGGCUGGGAGCCUACCUCUUUAAAACCAAAAUUCACCUUCUCCGAAAGCUGAAUUCUGUCGCUGGCGUCCGAGGUCAGAGCCUAAGAAGAUCCUGGCUGCUGGAUCAGACCAAAGGCUUUUAAGGUUUUUAAAGCAGAGGUUGGAUGGAUUCUUUAGCUGGGAUCCCUGCAUUGAAGGGGGGUCUGGUCCAGCAUCCCGUAUCCCACAGCUGCCGCCUGGAUUCCCAUUGUAGGAAAACCCUCAAGCCGGGAUUCGAACGCAGGAUUUUGACCAGACCUCUCCCUCUCUUCCAUGCUGCCCAACCCCCCAAAGUGCUGCUCCUGGCAUCUUUGCAAAUCCGUUUUCGUCCGCUCCUCCGGCAAGAAAAGAAAAAACCACCCCGCCAGCGAUUCCUUGCCCAGGCGUGGCUCGUUCAUCUCCUUGGCCCGAAGCCCGAAAUCUUGGCCGUGUGGCUGAGUCAUCCCCAAACCCAGCCCCUUGGGAGAGCAGGGAAAGGGGGAGAGCGGCGUGGGAAGGGGGGGUGUUUGGGAAGGGGGGGCAGGCCUGACGUCUUCCAGCAGGCUAAGUCCUGCGUUGUAGCGAAUCUCCCCCCUCUUUUCCCACCCACCCACCCAAAAGAGCGAGGCGGCAGAAUGAAGCGCUUUGGCUGCGGUUCUGUGGGAACGUGGCCACUUUCUCUCUCUCCCGGCCACCCUGGAGCGGGCCUCCCCUUCCCCCCCCUCUUUCAUUCCUGGCCGGCCGAAUCCUUUGCAGGGAUAAAUCUUCCCUUUUGCUCCCUCUGCAAACUCCAGGCCCCUUUCUAAAAGUUGCCCCAGAGUCCGGACGAAGCUGGUAAGAGGAUGUUUGUGUGUGCAUUUGGGGGGUGGGUAGCGGUUGGACUGUCCCUGGGCGAGGUGGGUGGGUUUUUCAUGGAGCCUGCUGAGUUUGAGGUGGGGCUUGCAAGCCCUUUUAGGGACCAGAGAACUCCCAGGCUGGAUUCCUUUAUUGGGAUGGGGUGGGUCACCCCCCACACCAACACCCACCCUGUCUGGGCAUCAGCCAAGGCUGCUCCCUUCCCUGCGACUCGGGAGUAGCCGGUUUCCUCCCUUGCAGUUUAAAAAAGAUUUAUGCUUCUUCCCAGAAGUUGCCUGCAAAAAGGGGGUGGCUUUCAAAAAGGCCGCAGGGAGGUUGUAAUCUGUACAAGCGCUGUUGUCUUUUUAGCUGUGCCCCGAGGGAUCUGGGUGGCGCGAGUUGAGCUGGGGACUUGCCUGGGUUUUUCGUGGGGGGGGGGAGCACGGUUGGGGUGUUUUGUUUCUGGAGAAACAGGAACAUUGAGUGCAUUUUCAGCUUUUGACGCAACUGUUAUCGAUGAUGGUGGUGAUAAAAGGGGAAAGAGGAGCAGCUGGCCUCUCUCAGUUGAAGAGUCCAACGACGGGACAUGUUUACGUGGAAGUAAUUUGCCUCUGCCACCAGCGCUUGGCGUGAGAUUGCCUUCCUGGUGAGCAUGCUUGUCUGACUUGCAGCAUCAUAUUUCUGGGGAAAGGCUGUGGUUCAUUUGCUGACCAUCUCUGCAUGCAGAAGGUCCCGGGUUCAAACUCCAGCAGAACCAUGAGGACUGGAACCUGGCUUUAGAAGCUGGACCACAGCUCGGGAGUAAGGCUUUGUAUACAGAAGGUCCCAAGUUUAAUCCCUGGGCAGCAAAGGAAAGACCCCUUGCCUGGAACCCUGGAGAGCUGCUGCCAGUCAGUGUAGACAGCCCUGAGCUAAAUGGACCAAAUGGCCUGACUCAGUAUAAGGUGGUUUCUGAUGUUCCUGCUUGAACCAGCCCUUUGUUUGGAAUCAUGAGGACUAGAAUCUUGCUCUGUUUUUAGGGGAAGAGCUCAGUGGUAGAGCACCUGCUUUGCAUACAGAAGGACUUGGGUUCAGUCCCCAUGGCAUUUCUCAGAAGUGCUGGGUUUGAAACUCCGGAGGGCCUCUGCCAGUCAGUGUUGGCAAUACUGAGCUAGGUCAUACAUGUAGCUCCUUGAUUAUUAGGCAGCUUCUUAGGUUCCUGUAUCUUAAGGCUGUAGCUCACUGGUGGAGCACCUCUUUUACAUGCAGAAGGUUAAAUCCCCAAUGGCAUCUCCAGGCAGGGCCAGGAAUAUCCCCUGCCCUGAAACCCCUGGAGGGCCGCUGCCGGCCAGUGUAAGCGAGCUAGAUGGACCAAUGGCUCCCUGUGUUGUAGUCGUGUGUGUGCGUAUGCAUCCUCCUGCAACAACGACCCUGUGAGGCAGCUCAUAGGACAAGGAACUGCCCUUGACAGCGUGAGUGUGUCGCUCAAGGGUACUUAAAGAUACGAGUGGUAGAGAUUUGUCAUCUGGGCGUCUCUGGUAAUUGCUAAUAAUACACACCCAAAAGGCAGUGAUGUUUACGGAGCAGUGGCUGGGAGAUUUCAGCAAGAACUUAGAAGAGAGCCCUGCAGCUGGGUCAGACCAAAGGGGAACCCACCUCAUUCUGCGUCUGUUUUGUCACAGUGGCCAGGCAGGGACCAGAUCUGCCAUCACUGAGGACCUCGUACCACUUCCAGGAAAGGACUGCUGUGUCUCUUUCAGGCCAACUGCCCCUUCCUAAGAAGGAGAGACGACAGUGCAGGAAGUGAGAGGCUGGAAUAGGGCAUGAAAGUUUCAAUUAGUGUAGCCCAACAUGUCUUGAAUCCUCUUCUUUGGGGGCAUCUAGCCCUAUUCUUUCCAAAAUAGGGCAGACAACGGCAUAGGAAGUGAGAGCCUGUAAAAGCGUGUGGAAGCAUCAAUUAGUGCUGCUUUCAUUUCCCCCCCCCAAAUAAUUUUUUUUUUAUUCAUUUUAUAACACAGAUAAACAACACAAACAGAAAAACAAACAAUACAAACAAAUUAUUGUCUUAUCCUUAUUUUUUCUAAACAUUGUUAGGUGGGCUUCCCCAAGUCCCCCCUAUCUGAUUUUCAUUUUACCUCAUCUUUAGCAGUUUACAUAUAUCAUAAUUUCUAACCAUUUUUUUUUCUAUCACGCUUACUUUUACCAGAAAAAUCUUCACAUUUUAUCACUUACAAAUAAUACUGUUUUAAAAUACCCUAUCUUCUAUUUCUAACCCUAUGGCCUAUAUCCACUUCCAAAGCUAUUCUAAGAUUUAAAUAUUAACAUAUUUUUUUCCCAAAUAUUCCUUAAACGUCUUCCAGUCUUCUUCCACCUUCUCUUCUCUCUGGUCUCGGAGUCUCCCAGUCAGUUCGGCAAGUUCCAUAAUGAGUGCUACUUUCAAACUUCCUCAGGGGCACUGAUAAAAUACGUUGGCAUCCAUCCGUCCCGAGAGACAAUGGAGUGUGCCUCUGCGGGUGAAGUCAAACAGCUGUGUUUGCAGUUCCUUCCUGGGGUGCAAGCCUGAGCAGAGCAGAGGGAGCUCCGGGGCUGCCCAGAUGACAAGAUGUGGUCCAAAGGAAAGCAGAGAAAGAUGUUUGGCACCAGCUUGGCUGCAGGAGUUGCUGGAGGGAGGCGUACAAGGCGCCAUCCAACCGCCUUAGGGACUUCACUCCAAAUUUGUGUAGGGUUUACUCCUAAGCCGUUUCUUCUCCCAAAGAGAUCCCGCAAAGCAGCAGAGCUUUAGGAUCAGAGUUUUCCUUCUCCUAGUUGGUUACCUUCCCAGGUGGACGGGUCCCUCACUUCCCUCCACAACACACGCAGAAUCCGCCUUCUGGGCCAUUGGAUCCACUCCAUUACAUGGAUAAAAUAAAGAACCUUAGAUUUCCCAUUUUGCGUUAUUUCCCCAGUGUCCCCGGUGCAGACAUUUUGAAACACACUGGACUGAGCGUAGGGGAUAUUUCUGCAUCUAGCCUUCCCUUCCAGCAAAAGCGUUUGUGGUCUGCCCACCCCUUAUUGGGGCGAGUCUUGAGAUGAUGCCACCUGGCCCUCCAAAACCUUUUCAGAUAUGUCUGUGCAGGGUAGCUGGCUAACAAUACCUUUCUGCCUGCCCUCCUUUCUCCCUACAAAGUCUGGCUCACGACGCAGAACCACAGCACCCUGGUGACGGAGCGCAGCGCAGUCCCCUUCCUUCCCGUGAACCCCGAAUAUUCUGCAACGCGCAAUCAGGUAAAGCGGGUGGGACGCUACUUAUUUCUGGGCGGCUGAGGCCAGCCCUCUCUGCCUACUGUGGCUCCAGGCAGUGGUUAAUUCUUGGAGGGCAGGGAUGGAAAGAGCUGGUUGGGGCUUCUAUCCGGGCCUUGAAUCCAGGGCUGGAAUUCCUGGGGCUUGCCCAGAUUCCAGAGAGCCAGUGGGGUGUAGUGGUUAGAGUGUUGGAAUAGGACCUGCGAGAGACAAGGGUUCGAAUCCCUCUCUUGGCCAGGAAGCCCAGUGUGUGUGGCCUUGGGCCAGUCACCUCCUGUCAGCCCAGCCUCCCUUGCCGGGUUGUUGUGAGAUAAAACGGAGAGGAGGGGAACUGUCUUGUCUUUUAAUGCAGAAAGUCCUAAUCCUGACGCUGGGUGUUCAUCACGACUCCUGGAUCCGGGCUGAGCUCUGCCUCCGUUCUGGGCUGGUAUGAUGAUUCUCUUUCUCUCUCUCUCUUUCUACCAGGGGCGGCAGAAACUUGCCCGCUUCAAUGCCCGGGAAUUUGCCACCCUCAUCAUCGAUAUCUUAAGCGAGGCGAAACGUCGGCAGCAGGGCAAAAGCCUCUCCAGCCCCACAGGUUAGGGGGCAAGAGAGAGAUGGGGUGUGGUGGGAACAGGGGGGCUGGAGGUCCACCCUGUCCGUUUACGGGGUUGUCACCUUCUCCCUGCAGAGAUCCUCGACUCCUCCCUCCACGGGCCCAGCGACCUCGACGACCAACACGACUACGACAGCGUUGCCUCAGACGAGGACACAGACCAGGAGCCCCUCCGCAGUGCCAACGCAGGGCGCAAUAACCGCGCUCGGGUAAGCCUCCCCCCUGGGGAAAAGGGGGGGAGGGAGCCGUGAUGUGUGGCAAUCAGCAAUGAGGACUAGUUUCCUGAGUAACAGCUUUCAUUUCCAUCAAAAUCAAAUUCCAGAAAUCUUGCCCCAACUUACAUUCCCACCAUAAAUGAUAACACGCACCAGGUUUAUUGCGACCCUUCCAGCGCUGGAGAAUGCCAUUUUUGACAUUUGCAAAGGAGCACGAUACCAUCUGUGUAGCCAUUUCGAAGAAUUUUCCCUAAGGAAACAGAUUUUUAGGGUCACGAUUCACACGUUUUGUUCCAAUCCUUGGGGGGGAAAUGUGUUCCAAUAUCUGGUUCCUAUACCUUUGUAAGGGGGGGGGGGGGUUAACAGAUCUGUAAAUUACAUGAAGCAAUAUAGAGUACAGUUUAGAAACUAAUAGGGCAAAAAUUCUUCCAGCUUUGUCUGGGGUGUUGGGAGGGGGGUAACCCCAUUUCCUGGCAAAAUCUGCUUGGUUUGUUGCUGUUGGCAUUCCGCACUGAUUUAAAAGCAUUCCGCAAAGCAUGUUGUUUUAUGCCUGGAACAUUUUUGUGUCCACCCCAGUAAUGACCCCAUCUCACUGAGCUCUCUCGCUCUCUCUUUCUCUCUCUCUCUCUCUCUCUCCUUGGAAAAAAAGAGCAUGGAUUCCUCGGACCUCUCAGAUGGUCCCAUCACGCUGCAGGAGUACCUGGAGGUCAAGAAGGCGCUGGCCGCCUCCGAAGCAAAAGUGCAGCAGCUGAUGAAAGUCAACAACAGCCUGAGCGACGAACUGAGGCGGCUGCAGAGAGAGGCAUGUUGCUGUUGGGGGGGGGGAGGGAGCAUCCUGGAAGUGGUCUGAACAGGAGCAGCAACCGCGCAGUGAAAUUUGGCAACUUCACAAGGCGGACGGAAGGAAGGGUCUGGGAUCGACGGCUGAGGCCAGGGGAAUGGAGGAUGGUGCCUUAUGUUACGUCACGACUCUUGGUCGAGAUAGUUCUCUGCAGUGCGAUGCAGCAGCAAAAAGAGCUAGUGCUAUUCUGGGAUGCAUCAAGAGACGUCUAGUGUCUAGAAUGAUCAUGGGUAGGCAAACUAAGGCCCGGGUGGCCAGAUCCAGCCUAAUCGCCUUCUCAAUCUGGCCCAUGGACAGUCUGGGAAUCGACGUGUUUUUACAUGAGUAGAAUGUGUCCUUUUAUUUAAAAUGCAUCUCUGGGUUAUUUGUGGGGCCUGCCUGGUGUUUUUACAUGAGCAGAAUGUGUGCUUUUGUUUAAAGUGCAUCUCUGGGUUAUUUGUGGGGCAUAGGAAUUGAUUCAUUAUUUUUUUCAAAAUAUAGUCCGCCCCCCCCCCCCCACAAGGUCUGAGGGACAGUGACCCUGCUGAAAAAGUUUGCUGACCCCUGGUCUAGGUCAAGGGAAGUCAUAGUCCCUCUCUAUUCUGCCUUGGUCAGGCCCCACCUGGAAUACUGUGUCCAGUUCUGGGUGCCACAAUUUAAGAAGGAUGUUGACAAGCUGGAAGGUGGGCACAGGAGGGAGACCAGGAUGACCAGGGGUCUGGAAACCAAGCCUCAUGAGGAACGGUUGAGGGAGCUGGGUAUGUUUAGCCUGGGGAAGAGGAGACUGAGAGGAGAUAUGGGAGCCAUUUACAAAUAUCUGAAGGGCUGUCACAUGGAAGAGGGAGCAAGCUUCUUAAACUCUGACGCCCAGAACUGAACAGAGUUUUCCAGGAGGAAUCUGACCAAGGCAGAAUAGAGUGGGAUUAUUACUUCCCUUCAUCUGGACACUAGACUUCUCUCGAUGCAACCUAGAAUGUGUUGGGGGGGGGGAGUUAAUUUUUUUUUAAAAAAUGUAUUUUGUGUUUUUAUCUUGCGUGUUUAUGCUGUGGACUGCCCCGAGAUCUGCGGAUGAUGUGUGGUAUACAAAUUUGAUAAGUGCAUAAGCUUCGCUAGCUCUGACCCAGUCCCCCAAUCCGUUGAAAUCCUCUCCAAUUGUGAUUCCGCCUUCGGAGGUAUGAGCUGCCUUCGGCCGGAUCCAGCCCUGACAGUCCUGUGCCCCUUCCUCUCGCGUUUCAGAUCCACAAGCUGCAGGCGGAGAACAUGCAGAUUCGCCAGCAGGUGGGGCCCAUCCACCCGGCGGCAGCGCCACCCCCCAGUGAGCGCCCCGACCACGGCCACGUGGCCUCCACGGCCACGGGAGCCCACCGCCGGGACCGCCAUGCCUUCUCCAUGUAUGAGCCGGGCACUGGGGCCCUCAAGCCCUUUGGCCAGCAGCCGAUGGAUGACCUGGUCACCCGCCUUUCCACUCCGUUCCACCCCGGGGUGAGUGCCAAGGAGGGGAGGGGGCAUUUGUGGGUGGGUGUUAAGUGUUUGGGUGCAUUUUUUCACCCGAUCUCUUGUUCCGCCCGAACAUGCUUUGCUUUCAACGAGAAAAAGUGUUUGGUGGGUUCCUUGCUGUGCGGAGCUGUGAGUUGAGGAGGGUGACGUCCGCAGGGUUGGGAUUCUGCAAUCCAACCGGUGCUGCUUCUUUUUGGGGGGUCGCAGGGUUGCCCCCCCGCUCACCCCCUUGUUCUUCUGCCGUUCCAGGAAGUGGACGAGGAAGCCUUAUAUUCCAUCCACAACCAGGCCAGCAUCUACCGGGUGAGUGGCGCUUCCUCCAGGGGCCAUUGCUAGACCCUUCAAAGCCUCGGGGUCCAAUGUGAUGACAACACUCUGCUAGUUUAUAUGUACAGAUAGCUAAUUUUUGCUAACCUGCCAAGGCAGGUAGGGAGGUGGUUUCACUAGCUUUGCCACAGAGCCCUAUGAGCAAAGUUUUUAUUUAUUUACUUUGCUUUUAAGUUUUAAAAGGGGGGGAGGUCUCAGGGUGAAAGAUCUGGGGCUUGGCCGCCUCCCUAACAUGACCCCCCGGUUGCUUUUUAUGACAGACUUCGCCGACCUCAGACCCUCAAAAAAAGUUUGGACUGCAGCCCUCAUCAUAAACUCCUUGCUCACCCAGGGGCUGAUGGGAGUUGUAGUCCAAAGCAGCACCAGGUUGGCGAAUGUUGCCAUUUUUUAAAAUUUAUUUUAUGAAAAUUAUACGCUGCUUGACUACCGGGCGGGGGGUGGAGUGGGGAGGAAAGAAACAUUGAAGCGGUUUACAAAAAAAAGAUAAAACGAAAAAAUUAUUGGUAAGAAGAAUUAAAUUUAAAAAUUAAGGCUUUUAAAAAGUUACAAUAAAAAUAGACUUAUUAAAACAGAUUAGAACUCACACCAGUUUCUAAAUAUGUGGGUAGGCUUGUCUAAUGUUGAAAAUGUUUUCAUCAGGUGCCCAAAAGAGCAUAUACCUGCCUGAUUAUCAAUUGGCAGGGAGUUCCAAAGUGUAGGCACUGCCACACGCAAAAAUGGGUUUCUUACACAUGUGGAAGGAGAGUUUUGUGGCCCCUGCAACAGGGACAGUUCCAUGGAUCAAAGUGGGUCACCCAGAAGGCUUGAAAAUAAAAUCUCCUUGGCAAGAGAAACUGAUGAACUAUGCCGAGAUGGCGAGACUAGCUGGGAAAAUUCGGAACCGGCAGGACCAGACUUUCCUAAUGGAAGAGGUUUGAUAUAUUUGGAAAGCAAUUGUAACCAAUUAACAUCCCUUGUCGGGUUAAAAGAAGUUUUGUAGGGAGUAUUAUAUAAAUCAUUGUGAAGAGAAUUCAGAAUAGUUAUAUUUAAGAUAUGAAUUUGUAGCAAUAAUUAUAGUAACAAGAUGCACAAUUAGAAAAGACUUUAGAAAACCAUCAGUCGAGGUUGAAGGGAGUCCUAGGCUGUGAUAGCCAAAUUUUUUGAAAAGGAUGAUAUGCUGGAAAAAGUGCAUAAAAACCAAUAUAUCUCGCUCCUUCUGGGCUGCUACUGGGGGCCGGGGGCCGCACCCAGACAGAAGACAUGAAAAGAAAAUCUCCUGGCCUUCUGCCAAGUGAUCCCUCCGCCCAUCGGAGUCCGGUCUCUCUGCGUUUGCCUAACGGCUGCCUCCUGCCCUCUCCCUUUCAGAUGCGGAAAGGCGGCUCCAUCUCCUCAAUGCCAUUCCCCCAGUCUUCUCCCCUCUUGUCCUGCGCCCCGGAGAGCGGACGUCACAUGGUGACUUAUGACAUUUCUGUUUUUGGGGUUGGGAGUGUCUGAAGCUUCCUUUUUAUUGCAGAUCAGACUCUUUGCCCAUCUAGCUCAAUGCUGUCUGCUCUGACCGGCAGCAGCUAUGCCGGGUCUCAUCAGGGUGUGUGUGUGUGUUUCCUUUCCUAGCCCUGCCACCUUUUAUUCAGCAAUGGCGGGGAUUCAACGCAGAACCUUCUGCACGCAAAAUAGGGGGCUCCACCCACUCCCUGCCUGGCUGGACUCUUUGUCCACCUAGCUCAGUAUUGCCUGCUCUGACCGGCAGCAGCUCUUGCAGUUCCUUUAAACUAGAGACGCCUGGGAACCCUCUGCAUGCAAAGCAAGCCUCUGCUCUGGUUACACAACAGGGGUGCCUGCUGCCAGCCCCCCCUUUUAACUCUGCCCAAUUUCUCUUCCCCCCCCCUUCCUAGACUGGAAAACUGGACCGACACGGCAGCGGCACAGACAGCGAUUAUGACAACACGCAGGGCGGGGAUCUGCCACUCAGGUGAGGGCGAGGGCUGUGCAGGGCAUCCCUUUCUGGGACUUGCACAGGACUAGCUGCUUGAGAAGACCUCAAAAGUGGCUCAAAAGUGACUAAGAAUUCCAGGCUGCAGCCAGUGUGUUCAGUUAUCCUGGGGGCAGAGCCAGUGAAAAUGUAUACAGAUGCUUAAGUCCAUUCUCUGCAGUAGGCCUACUCUGAGUAGAGUUUCAUUGGAGACACCCCUCAGGUGCCGGCAAGCCAAAUUCUGCGUUGAGGGAACCUGCUAGCAUUAUGCGACUCUUGUGCAAUCCUUGUUUUGACAAACUGGGAUGUGAGGGUCAUGUAAGCAGCUCAGAUAUCUCCCCUCUCCUUUACAAUCUUGUUCAGCAAUUCUCCACGCUUCUGUGGUUUUCCUCUCUCUCUCUCCCCUCACCCACCAUAAGGACUAGGAGCUUACUUUGUUCCUUUAAACAGAAAUUAAGAUUCUUCUGGCGCUCUCCGUCUUCCCUGCCUAAAAAUAGCACCCUCCCUGGCUCUUGAUGAUGGCAAUAUCUGAGUUGGCAUCAGGGAUCAGGAGGGUAGCAUCUUUCCCUGCCCCCAAACCCACUCUGCUUCUCUCUCCCCUCCUUUCUCAGCAUGGACGGGAAGCGCUUGCUGGACCUCAGCAAGGACGAUGACUUGCACCCAGAACCUGAACCACUGGAAGGCGAACUGGACCCGGGCCUGCCCAGCACGGAAGACGUCAUUCUCAAGACGGAACAGGUCACAAAGAAUAUCCAGGAGCUCCUCCGAGCUGCCCAGGAGUUCAAGCACGACAGGUCAGGAUGAAUCCCUCCAGGAAUCCUCUGGGGAGGGCAAGAUGGGGUAGGAACAGAUGGGUGACGGGCCGUGAGAAAUGAAAAUGAGUGUGCCUGCUGCAUCUCUGUGUGAUUCUCCGUUCUGGUCUUCCGCCUGGCCAGCCUCCGCAAGGUUGUCAUUUUGGUAUACCUUUUGCUGUUGCUGUCAUGCAGUUGUUCGCGCUGGGGAGACAGCGGCAGGAUUUGGCUCCUUUUGGAGGACAUCUUCCUGUUGUGUGUCUCUGCACGAGUCCCUGCUCUGAGCUUGCCGCUUCCUUAGCAAGGAGAGGUGCCCAGAUCUGGGACUUGGGGAGGCGGCAGAUUCCCUCAAAUGCUCUUAAGGAAUCAGAAUUGUUCUGCUGAAUAAAGUUUGCUUUCUUCUUUAACCCCUAAAGGGAUCUUUGGGUAACGCUGCGACUGGGGUGGGGAACUGGCAAGACCUGUAACGCAGGUGAGGGGAAAGGAGUCAGUGUUCUGGGCCUGGGCCUCAUUCUGUCCCUUCUUAACCCCAGCAGCUUCGUCCCCUGUUCGGAGAAGAUUCACGCUGCCGUCACGGAAAUGGCGUCGCUUUUCCCCAAGGUAGGAGAGAGCGGGAGAGCCACUUCUGCCGAGAGAGGGGCCUGGGUGGGGAAAUCUCCUUCCCAGCCCAGGAAACGUCCUCAAAAUGAGCGGACUCCACUCCCAGGGGCUUUUCCAGGAUGUAACACCUCCCAAAGGAUGUUGCAGAGCUUGGGAAGUUUCCCCUAUGAGGAAAAGUUGCAGAGAAAAGACAAGCAAGAAAUUGCGUGGUGGAACUUUGUAAAACGACGCCUGGCGUUGAGGUGGUGGAUCGGGAAAAACUUUCCUCUCUCGUAGCACUAGAACUCGUGGGAGAUUUGGGGCAGACAAAGGAAAAUCCUUUUUCAGGCAGUGCAGUUAAACUCUGGAACUCCCUGCCACAGGAGGCAGGCACGGCCACCAUCAGUUGCUGGAAAGUGCAGGGAGAGUUUUCUCUCCUGCCCGUAUCCUGCUUAUAGGUUUUUCACUGGGGCAUCUGUUUGGCCGCUGUGAGAACAGGAUGCUGGUCUAGGUGGGCCAUGGGCCUGAUCCAGCAGGCUCUCAUAUUCUUAAGGGGCUCCUUAGAAGCAGGAAGUGAUAGUUUAAAAUAGGGCCGGGGGGGCAGCAACAUGGGACCCUCUCCCAUCCCCCAGCAGCCAGGCUCCAACUUCCACCUCCCUUCAACCGCCCCCCCCCCCAUUAUUUUGAAUUUUUACAUACACACAGAGAUGAACAAGUCUAACCACUGCGAUGUUGUUUUCCUAUGAUCGAGCAGGAUAUAACUUUUAGGAAAUACAUUUUUUAAAAAUUGACCGCCUAAUGAUGACGACUUUUGGAAAUGUAAAGCCAAACAGGCAAACUUUUGAGGCUCUCUGCACAUGUUUUUGGGUUGGUGAAGGGUAUUGUUAAUUCAGGCCCUUACUCCGAACUGGCUGUGUAGGCCAGACAAAAGUCCCUUUAGUCAGCAGUGAGGCUGGGAGGCCGCAUUGUGAGUUCACAAUAAGGAGGUUAGACUUGAACUCUGGACCUCUGGACUUGAGUUGGGAGUCUUACGCCACUCUCCCUUUCUGCUCCUUCCGCAGAAGCCGGCUCUGGAGACGGUGCGCAGCUCCUUGCGCCUGCUGAACGCCAGCGCCUACCGCCUGCAGAGCGAGUGCCGCAAGACGGUCCCCCCGGAGCCAGGGGCCCCCGUGGACUACCAGCUCCUGACCCAACAGGUCAUCCAGUGUGCCUACGACAUCGCCAAGGCCGCCAAGCAGCUGGUGACCAUCACCACCCGCGAGAAGAAGCAGUGAAGGGCGGGCAGGCGGGGGGGCGAAGCUGGUGCAGCCCCUCUUCCUCCCCGCCCCCCAGCUCCUCUCUUCCCCACUGGAGGAUUUUGGGGGGUGCAGCCACUUGAAAGUGUCCUUUCCCCACCGACUCACCCGCCCCCCUCCCUGCCAAUCAGCCCACCUGCCCAGACUGGGUUGGAUCAACACUCCCCACUGCAGCUUGUGGGGGGGGCAGGAUCGGGGCCCUAUAGGGCACACGCCCCAUGGCGCUGGGAUGCCUGCGCAGUGAAGAAAUCUCCCCCUGUAAAUAUUCCCAUCUCCCAUCCUUUGGCACUGUGUGGCGUUCAAGAUCCGGGAGGAAGCAGGCCAGAGCCCCCGCCUUGCAUGCCGAAGGUCCCAGGUUCAAGCCCCAACGGCAUCUCCAGGCAGGGCUGGGAGCGAGGCACCUUGCCUGAACCCCUGUUGGGCUGCUGCUGGUCAGUGCAGACAGUCCUGGGUGGACAAAUGGCUUGGACUUGUAUUGCGUUCGUCAUCAUCAGAAUCAACCCCGCCUGUGCUGUCUGCUCGGGGCGGUUGCGAGUUCAAGUCUAGAACCCCUAGCUGGAGAGGGGCCACACAGUUCAUGUAGCCCAACCCCCUGGAAGGCAGGAAUCGCAGCCCAUUGACCCAAGUGGCUCCAGAGGCAGAUGGAAUUGACGCAUCCAGACACACCUGAAGGGCCACAGGUUAGCUUUUCCUGCCCUUUUUAGCGGGGCGGGGGUCCUCCUGAAGGGAGUCAAAUCUCUCUCCCCCCCCCCUUGCAAACACUACUCUUCCUCCUCCUCUUCCUCCCCACCUUCCCAUAUAGUGCGUGGAACUGUAUGUGUCCCAUUCCUGACCCACCUGCCCACGCACCGAUAUAUAUAUAUGUAUAGAGAGAUAUAUAAACACCAAAUGUAUUUAUCUCACCACGUUCCCUCCCCUAAUAGUGUUAACACUGGAAUUACAACGUCUAGGUGCUGUGGGUCGGGGCAUCAUUCCCCCCCCCUCCCCGGAAACCUCCGGCUGGAUCACUUCUCUCCCCCCCCCAAUCCCUCCAUCAUUCCUUUUUUUUGGGGGGGAGAGUAUGGGGUCUGCCUUUGCCUCCGUAGCAAAGAAUCAGUCCUCCCCCACUUCCCCCUCACUGGCCAGUCGUGUUCCCCCCGCCCCCUUGAAAUCUGUGAAGUUUUUCAGGCCAUUGAGGGAAUGUGGGGUGGGCUACCGGAGUGGGGUGGGGGAGACACAUGGCUAUGGAGGGCUGCAUCUGGGCACUGCGCUGGAAAUCUUGUUUGUCCUGUACAUUUGUAACAAAUAAAAAGAUGUGAGCAUC